CAAUCUACGGUCAGCUCGCGUAAUGAAGAAAGUUCAACAUGCAACAGAGGUAUUUCAUUAGCGUGGUUUAUAUCAUCCGUUAUCAUCCAACACGUAUUUCAAUACUAAAUAAUACCAGACUAAGGAAAUAUUAUGAUUAUUAUAGACAACGGUGUGGAUAACAAGAUUGACAACAGUAGCUGUGGUCACACUACAGACUUUUACCUAGGUAAACCCUUUUUACCUAGGGCAAAUUUAUCAAAAAUCUGCCUACGUAAAUUCAUCUCGGGUUUUGUUUUACCCAGGUAAAAAUUCUGGGAAGCGGCUCUCAAUAUUUUCACGCCGGUUGAAUUUUUUGGAGCGUCAAUUAAAGGAGGCAAAAUGCGCAGGGAUCAAGCUGAUCAAAGAGAAGUUUUUUUUCUUUUAUCUCGGUGUUAUUUCUUACGCUAAUUCAACGUGCAAGGUGAAGAAAGGCGAAGACGUAGACGACUUGUGCUCUCAAAAUUUCUUUCACAGCGACGGUGAUCUAUGUCCGGUUCUGUCAUCAAGACCUUCGCCGAUGACCGUUUAUUGGCUAGCAACCUCUGUAUUUCAUUUUUCCCUAGCUAUUGCUUUGGGGUAACUGUCAAGGGAAACUCUAUUGUUUUCGAGACAUAUCCAAGACCCAGACGAUAAAAUUUCCCCGAGGUAAGUUACUUAGGGAAAAAUCGGUCACACGUAAAAAAUCAAGUUUCCCUAGGUAAACUGUCAACAAGUCGUGUUUACCUAGGUAAAAAGUCUGUAGUGUGACCACAGCUAUAUGUCGAUGUUAACCACCAAAAUGGUUGUUCGGUAUAGAGUAACGAGGAAAUUGGUGAAAUUCUAUGACUUUGGGAUUUAUUUUGACCUCCGCUGAUAGAACAGUUACAGAUAUUUAAUCAUUAUUUUCUCUUUCCAGCUGAGCAUGCCACGUCUUUUGCAUCUGUGUAGUGAAUAUAAAUAAGUUCUGUUAUUUGCUUACCUUUAGGGAGAUGCACAAUCUCCAGGAGAAAAACUGCUGGUAACAACAGAGCUUGAACGAGAAAGGAACGUCAAACGAACCAAACGACUCACCACACGUGAAAAGCUGUCAAGAGGUUUUAUAGCUUUCCUACUUGUCAUGUUCUUUCUCUUGGCAGUUAUAUUUGGAUUUCUUUACGCAAAACGUGCUCAUUCAAAUUUGCAAACGAAAGAGCAGUGCCUCAAAUCGUACCCGUGCGUGACAAAAGAAUGCGUGCUAACAACAGCAGGUAAGAUGAACUCAUUGUAUGUGACUUAUGAUUCAUUGCUAUGCUAUAGCUUCGAAAUGCUGAAACUUCUGUUCGGUCAUUGUUGUCAUUCAUCGGACCACCCGUAAAGUUAAGGGGAUCUUGUCUAGCCUGAGUAUCAUAUCCUCUCCCCUUUUCGCUUCUCUUUUCGCCCUUUCCCUCAGAAACGUCUGAUACUCAGGCUAGAUCUUUUCCUAGAGGGUAAAGAGCGGGAUAAAACGAAGUGCUGGUGACUAUAUACACCACUGUAUAUACUCUGUGUUGCACGUGUAAAGCACCCUCGGUAUUUGAAAUAAGUGUUUAUGAAGGUAACGCUUUAGUCAAAGCUUCAAUGAGGCCGAUCUCGGCUACUUGGCCUGUACAGUAACUAGCACUUCAAACGUAAUUAGAAAGAGAUUAUUCGGUCAACUUGAGCAGAGAAAAAGUUUUCAGAUGUUCUCAAGGUAAUUCCCUUGAAUGGGUGUAAUAUUCAUUUCUUUUUUUCAAACUAUGCACAAUUCAAAGUGGACAGACUGCAAAUUAUAGUAGUUGCCAAAAAAUAUAUAUCUACGUGUCGCAAUUGUUCAUCAGUAGGAUGCCUAAAAUGUGUGCAAUUCCACAAUUGCUUUCGGCUCUAUUGAAUCCUAUACCAAUUGCAGAACAUUUUAGGAGGAGCCACCCACCAUGUGAGCAUAGUCACGGACAACACAUAUAAGUGAGGAAAAUAACGCAAAGUAAAAUUAAGACGUUAAUUAACGAAAUGUACACGUCAAUUAAAUAUAGAAACAAAUAAUGCACGCGCUCAAAAUAAAAUUGUACGCGCACACGUACCAAGAUACAACUGAAAUACAACUCUAAGCAAUAAAAAAGUAAUGUAACGAUACGAUUGACAGCCAUAUAUAGGAAAUGUAAAAGUGUAAUAAAACGAUGCUUGUCCUUGUCUGCCCUGGCCUUAUUCUUAGCGUUUUUUCCAAUUUGCACCAGAAAUGUUCGAAUUAGUCUGCACUGCAGGCGUAUUUUGGGUGGGAAAAACCUUGUUCGUGUUCGUAAUAUUGUUGUAGCGGCCAUCUUUGAUUUUAUGACAGUGGAAGAUUGGGGAGAGUAGAAAUAGUAACCCUUAAGGGAAGGUGCUCCCUUUGACUCGCCCCAUCUCCUCCUCUCUUCGGGAAGUUUCAACAUGUCGCUUUCACGAGCAAAUUGAGCGCUCAAAGAAAACGCCUGCACUGCAGGCUAUGUUCGAAUGAACAACCGUUAAUUAAUAUAGCAAAAACUAUGAAUCUUAUUAAAAGCAAUUUCAUCCCGUUUGAUUAUCUGGGUUAUAAUUAUUUUUCGUUAAAAUGACUUCCAAUUUCCCGAUCUUAAAAAAGGUGUACUAAAAGGCGGAUUUUCACGUAAUUCAUAACUAACUAAUACAAUUUCUGCUAUCUAGAUUUUUUUUCAAGUAAGAUAUUAGUCCGCAAAAUGUACCGUUCGAGUAAGUUUUACGUCGUUAUUUGCUUGCUGUCAAGACAUCUAUGGUCGUAACUACAUCCAAUGACGUAAAAAUGAUCACUUCCAACCAUGAUUUGCCAUUUUAUAAUGUCUAAACUCGAGCGCGAUGUUUUUGUAUUGGCAGAUUUUAUCACUUCUUUGCCCCCUGAGAAACCACGUGACACCGCGUUUAUCCCAUUAAGCGCGUGCAAUGAUGGCGGGUAUCGUGAAUGAGGUCUAUUACAUUCAGUUCUUUCUACCAUAUUCAUAACACUAUCAACGAUAAGGAACUACCUCACUCAAAAUGAUACUGAGUCACUGGUUUAUGCUUUUACAUCUUAAGAUUGUAUAUUAUUAUGUCCAUUCCUUGUAGACUCAGGCAGGAUGUUCGGCCUGGUUUAUAGUCCUUGGGAGCGGGUUACAACAAGUCAUCAAGGGUCCCUGGUCUCUCUUUUCCUUCUUCUUACAGGGACAGUCCUUAGUAUCUUUGCCGUCCCCAACAAUGCUGUUUUCUGGAUAACUGCCAACCACGCGUUCACGCCGAUUCGCUUCUUGUACUCUUUCAAGUUGACUGAUACGGCUCCAAGGGCCCCAAUAACAACAGGCACUACAAUGACUUUCCGCACGCGCCAGACUUUUGCAAUUUCAUCUUUCAAUAGUUGGUAUUUCUCUAACUUCUCAAGUUCCUUACCUUCCACCCUGUCAUCACCUGGGAUGGCAACACCAGUUAUGACAACCUCUCUCUCCUUAUCAAUAAAGACAAUGUCUGGUCGUUUUGCGUCAAUUUUCCGUUCACACUGGACUGUGAAAUCCCACAGUACCUUGAAGGUUUCACUUUCCACUACUCCCUCCGGCUUCUGUUCAUACCAGCUCUUAGCUCUUUCCAGUGUCUUUCCAAUCCACAUUUACCACAAAGUUGCCAGUGGAUAUACCGUGGCACGUUAUCAUGCCUUCCUUUAUAUUCUGUCUGCGCCAGCUUACCGCACUCACUCCCCACAUAGGCCACCGUUUCUUCCUUACUUCCGCACAUUCUGCACAAAGGGGAUUCUGCUGUGUGAUCAAUAUGAAAUCUCGUAUAAUUUUUUCUCAAAGCUUGUUCCUGGGCGCUACUCAGUACAUCCUUUCAAAUCUCCUUUUGUAAUCCACUGCCAAGUUCUAUCCCAGUCAACUUCCUUUUCUCUCACAUAGUGCCCAUGCAUUCUUUUCUGCUUCCAUUCAUUCUCCGUCUCUUUUACUUCAUUCACUUUGUACUCCUUUGGGUCCACAGCCUCUGAGAUGUUGACUACAUUGCUAUCUCCAACUUUCCUGAGUAAUACCUCUUCACUAUUUCUCACAUACCAACUCAAGUUGUUCUCUUCUCUCCUCACGCAGCUCUCAUAACUGAUCAGGCGUCUUCCUCCCUUCUUUCUGGGUUCGUAUAUUCUGGCAACAUCACUUCUAGGGUGUAGCUCCUUAUUCAUUGUCAUGAUUUUUCUAGACUUCCUAUCUAUUUCCUGAAGUUCCUCUUCUUUCUAUUUAAUUGUUCCUGCUCCGUACCUCGUGAGCGACACAGCUUAAGUGUUUGCUGUUUUCAUCUUGUUCAAUGAGCUGAGAUUUCAUGACUAGUUUGAACCGCCUUAAGUACUCUGUUCGAAAUAUGUCUUUCAUUUCCCUCUCCUUAAACUUGUCGAACUCUAGAAUGCCGCAUACUUGUAACCUUCGUCAUCAACUUCCUUUAUGGUCUGUCCAUUUAUCAACUUAAUACCCUCACUUUUACACAACUUCCUCCGCUUCCGCACCACAACACCACAUUUGUUUAUCCCAAAUUCCAUUCCUAUGUCUUGGCUAAUCAACUGCACUGUCGAUACAAGACUUUCAAUCUCUGCUUUAUCUUUGCCAUAGACCUUCAAGUAAUCCAUAAAGAACAAAUGAUAUAUUUUGACGUCUCCUAAGGUAUAUCCAGCUUUGGUAUCUUGUAGGAUCUUGGUCAAGAGUACCAUGCAAACAGCAAAGAUAAGGGGGGACAGGCUGUCUCGUUGAAAGAUACCUCGUCUAAUAUCAACUAAGCCAAGUGUCUCUCCACAAAAUGUCAGUUCUGUCUUCCAUUUUACCUGGAUUUCUGCAGAAAAGUUAUUAUAUUUUCCACUACCUGUGCCAUAUAUAGGCUUUCAAUAAUCCAAGAGUGAGGCACCAUAUCGUGUGCUUUCUUAUAGUCCACCCACGCCAUAGCCAAGUUCUUGUGCUUUCUUUUGCAAUCAGCAAGGACCAUCUUAUCAAUCAACAAGUAAUCGUUUGUGCCUCUACUCUCUCUCCUACACCCCUUCUCUUCUACAGGCAAAGCAUCGUUUUCUGCAAAGAACUCAUACAUACUAUCAGCUAUGAUCCCUGUCAUCAGUUUCCAAGCAAGUGGUAGCUAAGUAGUAGACAGGAUAUGGGUCGAUAGUUAUCAACAGCACUACCUCUUUCUUGGUUUUUUCUGACACAGCAGAGUCCUUCCAGUUGUCAUCCAUACAAGUAUGAUGACCCUGUUGUUGAUCAAAUCAUUCAUGUGGUCCGCCUUUUGUUCAUGUAAUGCUGUCAAUUUCUUGAUACAGUAGCCUUGGACGCCAUCAGGGCAAGGUGCCUUCCAAUUGGGGAUCUUCUUCGACCUUGCUGUCACCAUUUCAGCUGUUAUUACAAUGUCCUCCUGUCUAGCUUCUACUCUCUCCUUUUUCAACUCUUUUAACCAUUCUGCAUUUUCAUUGUGUAAAACUUCCUUACCUCAUAUGUCUCUCCAAAACUGUUGGCUUUCCUCAGCAUCAGGUCUAACUUCACUGAAGCUACGAGAUGUUCAAUUUAUUUGUUGAUACACCCUCUUUUGGUCUUGCUGGAACAAUCUGUUUACUUGAUAUCGAUGAAUCCUUUGUUCAUACCUUUUCAACUUUACAGAUUUAGCCUGCAGUCUUUGCUUAAGUUCUUCAAUUACAACCUUUUCUCCUUUCUGUUUGAUGUUACACUUCCUCUCCAACUUGGUGUAUUUUUCCUUCCUUUUAAGUUGCCCUUGUUUAGAUCUUUCCGGGAUGUUGACGUGCCUCCGUAACUCUGCAAUAGAGUCUUUGAUUCUCCUUUUCCACCGAGGUUCUUUGCUUCCUUUUCCCUUGCAACCAUUCAUUUUGAGUCCAACUUGUCUUGCUAUGUAGAUCGCAGUAGCAUUAAUAAUUUAUUGGUAUCAGUGAUAUUCAUGGUAGUUUGUAUCUCUGACACUACUCUAUUCACCUUCUUCGUCCAUUCUGCCAGCACUUUCCUGUCAACUCUCUUAAAACCAGCACCAUUCAACACCUGUCCGCUUCUCAUAAUUUCCAAUAUGUCCUUUAUCAUUUGCCUCUCCUCAUCAUUCCUCGGAUCAUUGUGUGUAAUCUGCACAUUGAAAUCUCCAUUUAGUUCAUCGACGUCGACCUGUUCAGGUUCUGUGUCUAUACACCCGGCAUCCUGUUCCUCUAAUUCUUUAUCUACUGUAGUCAUUCUUCUCCUGAUUUCAUCCAACUCGACGGAAGUAAACUACUCAUUCUUUCUGAUCGCCCUAGCCUGAUCACAUAGUCUCUGCUCUGUUAUCUUUGAUAAACCUCUUUCCUUCCAGACAGCAUGCAUUCUCUGUCUAUAUCGUCUGACUGAUCUGCCACUUUCAUCAACUGGUUUACUCAGAUAGUAGCACUAUUAUUAUUAUUAUUAUUAUUAUUAUUACUAUUAUUAUUAUUAUUAUUAUUAUUAUUACAAGUGAUACCGGUAAAAGUAAAUUAUAAUUAUUUUACACUAUAUAAAGCUUCGAGUUGAAACCUUAAAAUAAUUUGAUAAAAAAGGUUAGCUUUUUCGCCUUUCUUCGGUGCCGCAUAUUUAUACGACGAAGUCACGGUUCGACUUCGAGGUUGUCCGCUAUAGUGAGAAGUGACUCCAUUUGCUUUUUUGAAAUGGAUGGAUGAAAAUUGAUCGCUCUUUUUGAUAUACAAAUAAUGUCCAGUGACAUACAAAUCAUGUCAAAGAGAAACCAAAAUCAACUUUUACAGCCUAUUCUUAAGUCGCGGCACAAGCCGAUUAAUAAAAUGGAUUUACAAGAAGAGAUACGAAUUGCUCUUUCUGAAAAGAAAACAACAACUUUAUAACAGCCUGCAAACCACUAAGCUGAAACUUAUGUCAUGCUAGGCCCCUUUGAAACGUGGAAUUUCUUAUGAGUGCCGAACACCUAUUUUAGUCGAUGAAAGUAAUUAAAUACGGCAGUUGAUUAAGAUGUCGGAUAUGAAGGUGCCGAAUUUAACUCCGUUUGUUGUAAAUAUUUUCAGUCUCUAGAAAACUUUUUAAUCCAAUAUGGAUAAGGGUUUCUAUAAUUAAUGCAUUAUAUUCAGCACAUGUGAAAUGCGACUUCUAAAUCAAAUGUUGAACCUAAGUAGUAUUUUCGUUUGUGUCAGUCGCAGAUUCGACAAAGUCGUAUUCAAUUUGAAACUGUCGAAUUUAGUUGAUUCAGCGUCCCAUCUCAAAGCAGCUACCUCUCGAAUUAAAUUACCAGGCAAAUGUGAAAAUCGACAAUUGAGCUGGGCAAUGAUAAUAGCGUCUAGUAUUAUAAAAAAUACCGGUAGAUACGCUAUGAUAAUAUGCCAUUUCCUGUGAACUCUGCCUUCAAUUUACCACAUUAUUUUACUAGCUAUAUGCACUAUGCACAGGUAAAAAUGAGAGUAAAAAAGAGAUUUUACAAAAAGAAAAAAAUAGGUUACGAAAAAUUUGCUUCAAGGGGAUUCGAAUCUGGACCCUCAGAAUCAGUCAGAACUAAAUGUUAACGCCUAUAUCCACUGGCCCACCUCGGGAAAAACUGACAAUUGGAGUUUAACAGAGGUAUGUAUUCCUUUCCCACAAUAAACCAUUAAUACUUGGCCGGGGAACGUUUAAGAAAUUUAUGAACUAUCGAUAGCGCGGCUACCGACUGAACCGUAUGACCGUACGAUACUCUCCCUGCUCGUAAGGUGUCUUUUCAUCGGUCAUAUCGGGAAAACAUUAACACAACAUUGUUCAUCAUUAUUUCCAUUGUUUUAGGUUAGGGUUAGAAGAGCUGCUACAUGACCUCUCUUCCCGAAAUGAAGAAAAACAAUAUGGCCGCCAAAUACAUUCUUUUAGUUUUUAAGGUUUUCCUUGAUUAACAACAUUGAACAUUUAUUUCGGCACACAAACAGUUAAGUUGAAAAAGGAUUUUACAAAAGUCUCAAGAGCACGUCUCCUUUUAUUUCGCUUUUAAUUGGCAAAAUCGGUCAAUUUACACAACUUUUUCGUUUGGUUGUGCUUUGAAAAUGGAAUAAUAAUUACCUAGAGACAAUACAGUGUAAAGAAUUGUUGAGAAAAAUAGCAAAAACUUGCCAACUUAUGACACAAAAGGUACUUUAAAAACGAACUAAAACAUUCAAAACGCUUUGAUCACAUGAAUGAUGACGUCAUGUCCCUCUUUUGGUCAUGAAAAAAAUUAUCAGGUAGAACAUUGCUUUCCCAGCAAAUUUUCUCUGCCAUCUGAUACAAGGUUGACUCUCUACAGCCCUCGGCCUAGUCUCCCGACUUUUCCGCUCACGUUCAUAAUCCCCUUAAAUUUUAAAUGCCGAACGUCAACUGGUUAUUUUUAAAUGCCCCACACAACUAAAACCUCAAAUAUGCUAUUUGUUUUUAACUCGUUAAUGAAAUCUUGUCACAACAAAAAAAACCUAAUUCGGAAAAAGUCGAGGGGAUUAUUUAACAAUAUUAACUAAGCCUGAGGUGAAUAAUUGUUAGUUUUAGUAUAUUCACACGAAGUGAUCUCAACAGAAUCAGAAAGGAAACCAUUAAAAAACGAUUAGUUUGACUGACGGGUGAAUUCCUGCGUGAACACGACGCUGUAUGUAAACAGUGGAUGCGCAAACAGUAUCAGCUAGUAUCUCCAAACAUGGCAAAUUAUGGUUUUAAUCUUUUUCUAUCGAUUUUGUAAGCUUUAGCAUCAACGGUUUAAAAGAAAACGCCGAAAAUUUAAAUUACUACCCAAUUCUGAGAAGAAAAGUAGAGCUUUAUUUGUUUCUGUCAACGACCGUGAAUGAGAUAGUUUUCUUUGUCGCUUCUUGCAAAUGCCGUCAACAGCGGCUACGAUCAAGGUGAACGUUGUUUAUCUCCAAUGUUCUUUGCCUUGUUAACUUGCUGGCACGUACAAUUUUCGAAAAUACUUGGCUUCCUCUUUUCUCCAUAAAUUAACUUCCAUUUACAGGCAAAAUUGGUCUUGCGAGAAAAUCCCGAAAUCACAAAACAGUGACAAAGCGACCUCGUUUUCCUCUGUAGUGGUAACCAUAGCUUCGAGCGUACAAAACGUCAUGCAGCUACAGUAAACCACUUCACAAUAAAUCACGCUGUUUAAACACCAUGAAGUCUUUCUUGCCUUCAAAGUCAUCAGCACUUGGAUAUUCGUGUAUUUUCAAAAUACUUUACUAUGAAACUUUGGCAAAACACCCAGCAGGGGCACCCAACGAGGAUAUAGUUCAAAACCACUUAACAUAGCAUUGUAGAACGUAUUUUAGUAUUCAAACGGUAGAUAUAGGCAUAUUUUUAUCCCCUAAAAACUUUUCAUCUGUUCGGAUUUCCUAGCUGAAAGUCUAGUGAUCCGAAAAUUAUAGGGAUAAAAACUUACCUUCUCGAAAAUUUCAGCCAUGAAAAGGCUCCCGAAAAUUCUAGGUGGCCUUUUUUAGGGUCAAAAUCCGUUAAAAAUGGGUAAUUAUACCAUUUUGUAGAUGUUCGAAAAAUCCUAGGAAAGGCAGGCAAGCAAGAAAUUUUACAACAAAUGCUCCGAAAAUUCUAGAUCUCAAAUCGUCUUCCGAACAGAUAUUUUCCGGAAAAUUGCCGUUGGGUGCCCCUGACCCAGCUGACCCAUUUCACGACAGCGAUUUUGUUCUGCUUUAUAUUAACCGCCUAGUGCGGUGAAUAUAACGUCAUAGUCCGAGAUAGCUAACCAAUCAGAUUGCUUGAUUUACCAAGAUCACUGAGUGUGUAUGUACUAAUAGUAAUUAGUAUAUACACACUCAGUGAUCUUGGUAAUUCAAGCAAUCUGAUCUGUUCGCUAUCUCGGACUAUUCAACAAUAUUCACCUCCUAGCGAGUGGAUAAUGUGUGAGCUCGCUUUUUUCCCAUUUUCUUGGAGAAAGAUCUUUUAAAAGUCGACAAAAUCCUAGGGUUGACUUUUUUUCAGGCAAGAAAAGACUUCGAAGGUUCAAAACGGCAUUUUUCCAUUUACUGUUGUUGAGUUUUGUGGUCGAUGGAUUGUUUACAACUCCCGUUUAUUCGCCUAGAAGAGGCCAUUUUGUGAACUCACCGUUUCCUAACAACAAAAAUUUGGCCCAACAACGAAGUUUAUUUAUGACAAACAAAUUUGAAAGCAAAUGUUUGCAGAAAUUCUACGGUUCAAGUAAACACGAGAAAGAAUACUACAUGAAAAACGACGUCUUACCUCGAGGAGCCGAAUCGCCAUUUUUGUCAGCACUUCAUGCGAAGAACGACACAACAAACCUUUUCGGCUAUAAACUUGGCGAGUCAACAGAAAAACAACAAAGCUCUUUUUUUCUUCUCAGGUAAGGAAACAAUUCAAACUUUUAGCGGUUCUUUUGAAGUUAUUAUUGUUUGCGAAGUGAUAAGCUUGUGAAUUGCCAUGUUUGAAAAUUCUACAAAGAUCUACUUUUAAACUGUCGCAUGUCUAGCUGACCUGAUCUGUCAAUCAAAUUUUACUUUUUAAUGGUUUCCUCUCUGAUUUUUGCUGAGAUCACUUCGUGUGUACAUACUAAAACAAUUAUUCUUUUCAAUCUCGGUGAAUAGUGGCUUUAGGAAUAUUUUGCCACUAUUCACUUCGAUUUCAAAGAAUAAUUGUUAAUUAAUACGUUGUGGUUGUUGUUGUCGUUAGUUAUUGUUAAACUUCCUAUAGAGUGUUUUCACAUGACGUCACGGCGGCCAUAUUGGUGUCCCGAAACAAUGAAAUGGCGGCCAUGUUGGUGUCCCAAACCAAUCCUCUGGGAGUUGAACUCUUUUCUUAUGCAAACGUUUUCUUUUGUCCCAAUAAAUUUGCAUAAAUGCUGGCCACGUGAGUGAAAACACUCUAUUCGUUCUCGAUUCCAGAUGUAAAUUAUAUAUCGUCACCUUCAUAUCUUUAUCUUCAACAAAAAAAAAAGAACUCACCAAGUGAUCAGCUCCCUCGCUGUGUUGGCGAGAGUGGAGAACAUUGCACAGGUAUCGUUGAGGGUCAUCGGUUUGAAUCCAGUUCAAGCCUGAAAUUUCUUCAGGCUUUUUUUCUCAUCCUUUUAAGCUGUGUUCAUAGCUUUGAUAAUCUUUUACGUGUUCAAGCAGAUAUUUUUGAAUAACAAUCAGUACAUGCGUCAGCGUGUGUAUAUGUAUGUCGAGAUAUGAAGCACGCGGUACGUUUGGAGAGCACGAAGGAAGCGUGCGGGGGGUUCUCGGCUGCCCCUCAAGCGAAUCUUGGGUGCCCCUGUCUUUUAUUUAGUUAUUUAUUUUCCAAAUACUUGCUCUCCAUCUCUACGAUGAUUCUUAGCAACAGGUCAGCGGCCUUACUAAUGGUAAUAACUAAUAAUAAGAAUUAAAAUAACAAUAAUCAAAACAGGUCCAGCUGGGCUAGGAAAGAGUUUAUGGAUUGUGCCUUAACGACAUUCAGGGGUAGGCUGUUCCAGUCCCUGAUGGUGUUGGGGAAAAAUGAGUAUAAUUGAAAAAUGAGUAUAAUUGAUUGAUUGAGUAUAAUUGAUUGUUUGUUUCAGACGCCGCGACUGUUUUAUGUUGUUCCAGGUUUCUUUAAACUCUUGAGGGCUAUACAAACUUUCCAAGUGCUUCAUGCUUCAGUAUCUUAUAGGCAGAGCUGAGGCACGAAUCAAUUGCUAUGUUGGACGAAGAAGAACGUAUAACAUUCUUGCCGUUCCUUCGCUUGGGUUUUGAACGGUGGGAAUCAUCGCGGCUCGAGUUCGGGAUUUAGACGCCAUCUUAGACUGGCAUAAAUUGGCUUCGGUCGCAAUUUUGUGCCACCACGCUUAUUUCGACGUGUUGAAAGUUUUGAUUGAGCUGGUUGAUUUAGUUCGCGCAACUUUGUCCUUAGGCCUUAGUACUUCUCUGUAUACGACUAUUGACUCCAAGCAAGGUUAAUUGUUUUUGUGUCGUUCCAGGUUUCUUUGUGGAAUGUAUUUUUUCCGAAAGCAAUCAACCCCUUACAUAUAGUUUCAGUGGUUCGAAGUUUAUUUUUUUAAGUAACAUACUAGUAAAUCAAAAGGGACAUCGCGUUUUGGCCUUGUUAAAUCUCUAUAUCAGUGAGGUGCUCCCAAGGCGAGAGGUGAUUGUAAAUAAUAUAAUUUUAUUUUGUAAUCACAAACAGCUUCCGUAAGUAUCUUUCGGAUUUUGGUGAUCCUUUCCCGUACCUGUUUGGACUUUUCUGUAUUCCCUUUCUGCCAACUAUUGCCUCUACCUUACUGGUACUUAGUUUCCCGGCUCUUUAAUUUUGCGUUUUUCGCGAUUGUAAAAAAAUCGCGAAAUUGAAGACUCGCGGUAAUUCUACCGACAUUUAAACACGUCAAAUUUAAAAGAAAAUUCAAUUAUCACAGAAAAAAUGAUCAAUAUGUAAUAACAACAACGUAUACAGCAUAUCUGUCAACAAAUACACAAAUUCAAAACACUGGUUUUACUUGUAAGUUCCAUUUUUUAUUUUUGUUGUGAAUAACGUUAAUUUGCAAAGAUUUCUCAUACGGAUUAGAGAAAAUGAAUUUUGAGAAUCUUUAAAUAUGUGUUUUGCUUGUUCCAGUUUAUCUAGAAAUUUUCAAAAGUUCAUGGCUAUUUGAAAAAUAAAAUGAAAUUGAGAGCGCUUGAAUCGCGAAAUUUAAUGUCCUUUUUUCCAUUUGCCUGCUGUAGUGAAAUCGCGAAACUAAAUACCAAUAAGGUGCUUUUUAGGAGAAAGAGCAUGUUUAGCGUCUUAUCAAAAUCUUGAGUUGGGCAAGAGGGGCAUCCAUUUCUGAGUUUGGUCAAGUAUUGCGUAAAUUGUUACUUUAUUUUCCAGAAUUACUGAACUAUUUAGAUCCAAAAAUUGAUCCUUGUGAAGACUUUUAUAAGUACGCUUGCGGUGGAUGGAUAAAGAGAAACCCACUUCCUACUAAAAAGACAGUGUGGAAUCAGUUCACUAAGCUGGAGGAAGAAACAAGCAAGUUUAUAAAUAAUAUUCUGCAAAAUAAAGAGAUUCAAGCCGAGUAUUCCAAGGUAUAACAGCUCUAAGCUGCAUAACCAAGCUUUAAGAUUAAGGUUAAUUUAAGGUUAUUCUUAGAGGCCGCGGCUCUAGCCUUUGUACGCUUGAAGUUUAUAUCAACCACCCGCGACGAAAACUCGUAGAUUUCCCAUAGAAUUCUCAUUAAUUUGUGGUGUUACUAAAAGCUGCGUACUCCACACUAAUGGUGUUGUUCCUUGGCCUUUGCUUCGCCCUCCCUUCCUCAAUAAAAUUUAGUCUGUUUCGUGUCAGACUUGCGAUAUUAAGGCUACCAAAUGAAUGUCUUGGAACAUGACUUGAUGGCAGAUUCUACAGCUUUCUACCAUAUUUUAAAUCUGGAGCAUUUAAAUUAGUUUUGUCUAAUUUAUGUUUAGUCAUGAAUCAGACCAUGUAGUAACUGGUUUCUCUGUGUUUUCUAUAGAUUUCAUCCUUUCGAAAGGGAAUAGCAUACCAUGUAUCCUGUUUAGAUACUGAAACAAUCAACGAAAGGGGUACAAAGCCAUUAGAAGAUCUUAUAAAGGAGUAUGGAUCUUGGACAAUAACCUCGAACAACUGGGAUGGAAAAUCAUGGAGUAUGGUCAAUUACCUUGCCAAGAUGAGAAGGAAACUUGCCCUAGGACCAUUUUUCACUGUGUUUAUUGGCGCCGAUCAACGUAACAGCAUUCAAAAUACUAUCCAGGUAAGUGAUUAUCAUAAAACAAAAAGAGAACUCAACCCCUUUCGCUGCAAACGCCUGCCACGCAAACUGGUUUAUAUGGUAAUCGGAGUCGAGAAAAAAACGUUUCUACUGUGAUCUCGAUAACAAUUUUUUUUCGUCUCUUGUUAUACCGCUUGGAGUAAUAUUUACUUUUACUUUCGUAAACGCCAAGAGAGAGUUAAACCAUUUUUGUUCUUUUAAUUUAGUUGUUAAUUAUAGCACAUUAUUUUUUUCUCAGCUUGCGAGCGGGUGGAAUCCUCGAAAUCCUGCAAUCUGAUUGGUUCCAAGAGCGGGCAAUUUUUUACGAUCUUGCCCUCUAACCAGGGCGGAAUCGUUGGCAGCUUCAUUCACAAGUUUGUUUGUUGUUGUGAAUGAGCAAAACCGGUGAUCCAGAACCAUUUUUCUUUUAAAACUUGCGCUAUUAAAAUUAUUAGCGUUAGCUAGGGAUAAGAGAAUUUUGUUAUUCAGACAAAACAUCUGAAGGGAGAAUCAAGCAAGUCAGCCAGGAAAACCGCUAAAGUAAAGCACAACAGGCGGCUCGCGAUGUCGCUUCACUAGUUUUAUAACCUACGCUGUAAGUACUGCAAUCUUGCUCUCAUGCACCGUUAAUUCGAUAUUUUUCCUCUCUUGGUAGGUUUGUUUUCCAUUUUUGCUGUCUGAAUCUAGAUUCUGCCGUUUUUCAUUGAAUUUUGCCUCGCUAGUUUUCUACUUUUCAGAAAAGGUUGUUGUCAACGAUUGCAUGUAGCUUUCAAUCGUGAAUAAACAACACGAACAACUUUUCCAACACACAUAGGUUGAAGGCUGAAGUAAAAUUUUCCUAAAACUUUUAAAUCUUAGUAGGAAAAAAAUAAAAAUGUUAUACUACGGCCUCGUCUCCUGCGGUACUCAAGACCUCGGGCACAGUUUCUCCCAAUACGGACCUCCCAGCCGGUGAAUAACAUAUAUUUCGUUAUUGUAGCUCCGACCGAUAGCAUAUCUGGGAAUCUCACGUCGUCGAUUAACAUCCAAUGACACUCAUGGAAGAGAGGUAAGGGAAACUUGAUUUUCAUUUUUAAAUACGUUUCAUUAAGGUUCAAACUUAAUUCUUCUUACUUGGGUGACCCGAAACGAAAACAUUAUCCGAAAUAUGAAAGCAAAUUUCCUUACUUCAUGUCAUAGUAUGUGGUAAAGGCCUUAAUGUUUUGUUAGAACUCGAUAUUGCCUUGCAGUUCAGGCUAUUUUGACAAUGCUCAGAACAUUGCUAUGUAAGCCGACACAAGUUAAGUCAGGCGUUUUCUAUGUGAGCAUAUGCUUUUCAGUGGAGCAAGCUAUUAAAUGAGCUACGAAAGUUACCCUGUUUCUCCCCUCCAUUUUCACAACAUGGCGUUAGAGGUGGGAUUUCACGAAGACUUGUGAUUCCAAGAAUUCAAAAGACUCCAUUGAAGCCAAAAUACUUCAAACUUCGAGCAGAAUUUGCAAAUUUAAACGAUUAAAUACUUCAACAUGGCGGACAAAUUUAAACCCCCUUCGAUGGACUGGACUGGUGUGGGAGAUGUUCACAAACGAUUUUAACUUUCCAAACGAAAGUGCGAACUUACUUUCUCUAGGCCAUUUGAUAAGGUCGAGGAAACAGAGAAAGUCCACCUACUGCUGCUGUGGUAGGCGAGAAAGGCUUAGCAAUUUACAACACCACAGCAUGGGGUGUCGAGGGCGAUUAACUCAAACUCACAACCCUUCUAACGUCACAAGAGGCUUAAACUAAACCUCAAAGCAACCAAAUUCUCGCAAGGUAUCAACUCAGAUGUCUCAAGAAGGGAGACAUGCCUGUCGAAGAAUUCGUAAGCGUGAUUGCUAAUCGAUGAUGGCGGACACGAAACGACUGUCAGAGAAAGUACUUUAAGGGACGUCCUCGUGUUCGGCCUCAAAUCAAACAAUUUACGCAGAGAUGCAAUCGCUCUAGGGAAUACUCUGACCUUUAAGCAAGUUUGCGACCUCGCAAAGGCUAAAGAAAGUGCCAAGGCCCUAAUGAAGAUUAUGACGCAAGGUGAAUACAAAUUAGCGAGUCUUCAUGUAGUGUAUGACCGGCACCAAUCAACCGAGUCAAAACAAAAGCUACCUACAAAGAAAUCACGCCGAUUGCAAUUCAAGUCUAAGGGCUGCUUCACAUGCGGAAAUACUUACGAUAAAUCUACCAUUUGUCCUCCAAAAAUUCAAAACGCAAGCACUGUGGCAAGAUUGGGCACUAUGCGAAAGUGUGUAUGAGGAAAAGGUUACAAAAACUGCACGAGAUAGUAGAUAGCCCAGAAUAUGAAGGUCAAGCCAUCCACCUGAAAGACGGCAGCUACUCUGACGCCCGUAUGGCACCCUUUUCUAUGAGGAUGACGGCACGGGUAACGAGCAACCAAUUACCGUUUUUCUGGGAACACUCAUUUCUUCAGAGUGUCCCUUCCCCCUAAGGUACAUUGCAUAUAUACUGCGAGCGUCUACAAAGACAGAAUCUAUGCCACAGUCAAUGUCAACAAACUUUAUGUCAAGACGCUGAAGAUAGACACAAGGGCUGAUGCCUGCGUAAUUACCACAGAAGACCUUCAAGAUAUACCAUUCCCUAUCAAGAUCCUACCUUGUAACAACGUCCUCAGAAGGUAUGGGGGUGCUAAGACGGAAAACAUUGGAUCAACGUUUCACCAGGAAGUCCAUCUAUGCUGGGACGCAGUCCGUCUCAGGAACUAGGAAUCAUUACAGCCAAUGUUGACGAGUUAACAGCCUUGCACCACGUCUAGCCUCCACGAAAUAUUUCUCUUAGUGCUGAAAUACUCGCACAAGAGGGCAAGUUAUCAAAAUCAAGUAUUCUAGCCUAGUACCAAGACUGUUUUGACAAACUGGGCUAGUUCCAAAGGGAGAAGUACCACAUUAAGCUGAUUGACAAUCCCGUUCCAGUCGUCAACCCCCACCCGUGUACGGCCCCAGUCCAUAUACUUCCCUUGUACAAAGCUGAAGCUCAUGAUGUCAUCAUAGAAGUCCAAGAACCCACCGACAGGGUCAAUUCUAUCGAGUACAACUCAAAGCAACCCUUGACGGAGAGAAGAAAGUAAGGCUGUGUCCCCACCAGAAGGAUCUUAACAAGAACAUACGUCGAGAGCACUGUUAUUCUAGGACCAUCGGGGAACUUCUACCUCUGUUCCAUGGGAAGAAGUAUUUAUCCAUUGUCUACACAAAGAAAGGGUACUGACACGUGGAAUUAGAUUACUCAUCCAGGCCACUGUGCACCUUUAAUACCCCUUUCGGGAGGUACCGAUUCAAGAGAUUACCCUUCGGAGCCGUCGUUUCUCAGAAUGUACUUCCAACGCAAACUCGAUGAAGUAUACAGAGGCAUCCCAAACGUAACAGGAAUAGCUGACGAUAUCCUAAUCUGCAGUUCCACUGAACAAGAACAUGACCUGGCAUUCAUCAAGAUGCUCCAAGCUAGAUGUGCCUCCAUUCCGAGAAACGGCAAUUCAAGUAACCAUAAGUAGAUUUCUACGGCCACAUCCUAACACCCCAAGGAAUUCAACCUGCUGUGGAAAAGCUUGAUGCUGUACUCAAUAUAAAGCCUCCCUCCAACGCAAAGGAGCUUCAAGCCAUCUUAGGGUUGGUGACCUACUUCCAUUUAUACUCGAUGAAGUUAGCUGAGAUGACCACACCCAUGCGGGAACUAACGAAAAAGAAUACACAUUUCAUGUGGGAACCACACCGCCAGAGAGCAUGGGACAAAAUAAAGGAGGAACUUUGCACGUGCAAUUUCAUCUCUUACUAUGACCCAGACCCAACGACAACCACAAUCUUACAGUGUGAUGCAAGCCAAUCAGGUGUAGGAACCUGGCUUAGACAGGUAGAUUCAGAAGGUAAAGAAAACAUUGUUGCCAUGGCAUCCCGGACGCUCAUUAAUGCCAAGUCCAGAUAUUCUAACACCGAGCGAAAGUGUUUGGGGAUCAUGUACAGCCUUGAGAAGUUCGAGUACUACCUACUGGGUAGACAAGUGAUCGUGGGAACUAACGCACUACCACUAGAACAAUAUUAAAAAAGAACAUAACAGAAGCGCAAGCCAGAUUGCAAAGGCUGCUACUAAGAUGCCUCCGAUUUGAUGUCCAGGUCCAGUACAUGCAAGGGGAAUCCAUCCCAGUUGUAGAUACUUUAUCACGUUUGUGCUUCAAAGAAGGCGUACACUCAAUUGAGAAUUCAGAGUAUGGUACCUCAUUGUUAGAAGGCCGUAUCCACUUUAUCAGCAGCCUCAUAGAUUUGGCAAGAGUGAAAUCCUCCACUGAGCAAGAUCCCAUGGUGAACCUACUCAAGGAAGUCGUCUACAAUGGCUGGCCACCAUAGUCCUGCCAAAGGACAUGCGGGAUGAAGUCUUACAGACCAUCCACUCAGGCCACGAGGGCGAACCCAAGUACAUCCUCCUGGCUAGGCAGUAUGCAUUCUGGCCAGGUAUCUCCAGUGACAACAGACAAAUGGUGAAAGACUGUCACUUAUGCAGCAAACAAUCACCAGCUCAGCCAGUGCUGCCAAUCAUUCAACCUAAUCUUCCCAGUCGACCACGGGAAAAAUUACGAACAGACAUCUUUGACUUCAACGGAAAGAAGCACCUCACGAUGGUCUACUAUUAUUCCAGAUACCCUGUGAUCAGACUCGAUCGAACCCGACUUAACAGCCACUGUGCUAGCUCAGUAUGGCCGACCUACCUCAAUCACCACUGACUUCGGCCCACAGUACGUUAGUGAAAGUCAAAAUCAAGUGUAAACAGAGUGGUAUCACACUAACUUUCAGCUCUCCAUAUCACCAUCAAGCAAACAGUCUCGCUGAGCGAGAAAUUGGAAACUGUAAAUCCUCCCUAACAAAGGCAAUGGAGAGCGAAGAGUGCUCAUUCACAGCAUUAUGGAUGUUCCGCACAACUCCACUUGACAGGCAGCUUCCUUCACCUUAUGAAUUGCUAUUUGGGAGGAAACCCUCAAGAUGACACCCACCAAGAAGAAAAUCUACAGCGUCAAGUAAAGCAAGCAGAAUUCUACAAUCGCGUGGAUACGUGACAAAAGGAUCCUAAACAACAAGGAACCCAUCCUCGUGCGCAAAACGCUGAAGAGCACGAGGGAGCGAGCUGUGGUAAUGAAAAGACCCCAACCGCCCCCCCCCCCCCGAGAACCUAGGACCUAUUUGGUAGACAUUGGUGGCAGAAUCUACCAAAGAACACGAGAGCAUCUAUAGCCAAGAACCGAGGGAGUAACCAAACCAGUACCGGAAAAAAAGCUACCAACAGCCCUCUUGACUUCAGCCUGCGUCGCAGACGUAAUUUAACCUCGGUUAGUAACGUCUGCGAAGCAGCACCGAGAUACUUGUUCUGGGCUUCCAACGGACUCAACGAAUCACCGAAAAUGCGUUUCGAAUUUCCUUUCAUCCUGAUUGGUAAAUCGAGCAUGUCUUUUUUAACUGGCCAAUCAUGCCGCGUACUCAAAUCCUGGUACACAGGUGGGGAUCCAGAACAAGGAUUUCGGCGCUGUUUAGCAGACGGACUUAACCAGAUGUUGGUUUCGCCUGUGGCGCAGGCUAUCUUGAAUUCCCCACCAACUAACGCAACGGAUAAACCAGUCAUUAGAACAUACACCCAGAGCCAGUGCCACCACAGAAAGAGCGUACCAGCUUUACCCUCAGAUGUACCAGCUCAACAACCAAGCGAACCCCCAGAGCCACCAUCUCAGACUGUUUCUAGGGAGCGAAAGGCUCCAUACCAACAAGGGAGCCACUCUACCAGGGCAGGACGUGUGACACAAGCCCCAAUAAAACUCAAAAAUUGAACCAAACCCUCCUGAUAGGAUAUUUAGCUGACACUGCGAGACAAUUUCCAGCAUUUGUUGUUUGUUAUUUUGCUUCCCCCUCACCUUUGUUGUACGUUAGGCCGACUCUGAUUCUUUGGACGUUAUUUAAUUCAAAAAGGGGGUGUCACUGUAUACAGUGCAGGCGUUUAAUUUUUUUUUUGGAACUUGAUACUGCGUUACAGUUCAGGCUAUUUUGACAUUGCUCAGAACAUUGCCAUAUAAGGACAUACAAGUUAAGUCAGGAGCUUUCUAUGAGAGGACAUGUUUUCCUAUGGAUUAAGCUAUUAAAUGAGUUACGAAAGUUACUCUGUUUCUUGCCUCCAUUUUACAACAGUGGAAACUUCCUUUUCUCUUGGUGCAAAUAACAAAAACAAAGACCUUCGUCUUCGAUCUUUAUUUCGAAAACGGCAAGAACCAAGUUUAGGGAAGUGUGUAAGUUUCCUUACCUUUAACACCCUCACAGGGAUAUUCAAUGAAUGCUCCCCCUGGUCAGGUUUAAAGGGUCUUCACGGGACUCCCGUCGUAUGUCACCACUGGUCAAACAUCUGUGUUCUGUUAGAAGUAAGAUCACUAAGAAGUAUGGUGAGGUGAACGCUGACCUACAAGCAAGGAUCAAAGAGUUCAACCACAACAACUAAGUACCGGCUAUAGGUAAUGAAAACGGUAAACAUGGAACUGGGACUAAGGGUUGGUGGAAUACCGUUAACAAAAUCACUAAUAUUGAGUCUAAGACACUAAACAUCAGCUCUGUUAUCGACCCUAAGGACAUUAACCUGUUCUUUCAAAAUAUUCACACUGAUACUCAGUACUCAGCCCCGGAGCUAUCACCUAUUCCGGAAGUAACUCGCACCCCUUCUCUUGAUGUAUGUACUGUUGAAAGGUUUAUGACCCUGGUCGGAACGUACUGCUCCUGAUCCGAAUGAAUUCCCUUGCUGGUUGUGGAGAGAUUUUGCGCACCAACUUGCUCCAACAGUAACCAGGUUUUUAACUCUUUACUCACACAACAGUCAGUUCCACUUCCAUAACACCAAUUCCUAAAGAAUCUCCACUGUCAUCGUGCGCUCAGCUUCGACCGAUAUCCGUCACGAACAUUAUCAUGAGAUUGUUUUGAGGCUAGUUUGCAAACAAAAGGGUUUUUAAUAAGCUUAAGUCUGUGAUUGGUAUGGAUCAGUUUGCCCAAACGAACAUUGCGAUACCACAAUGGCUCUUGUUACGUGUCAACAUAAUUGGCUCAGAUGGCUGCAUGGUGAUGUAGACUUUGUUCGAGUUUUGUCAUUUGAAUUAAAGUAAAGCAUUUGAUACUGUUUCUCAAAAAUAGAAUCAGGUCUCAAUAUUAAUCUUUAUAUCAACAACUUGAUUAUCAGCUUCCUUGGCAAACCACAAACAGAGCGUUGUUGUAGACUGAAAGAUUACUGGUUAUGUUGAAAUUAACAGAGGGGUCCCGCAGGGUACGGUCCUGGGGCUUCUUUUAUUCUCUCUGAUGGUGAACGAUAUAAAGCUAGUUGAUCUAAAAAACGGGAUAGCAGGAUAUGCCGAUAAAAAUCGCUAUUAAUGUACUGUUAAAAGGAACUGUCCAGAGCUGGGCAGCCAACAGUAGGAAGUCUUUGAAUUUGUCAAAGACGCGGGAAAUACUAUUGCAUCGCACAACUUCUAAGCCUGCUCCUCCUCCGUUGCUCGGGAUUAAGCGGAAAGAUUGUUUAAAACUCUUGGGAAUUACUUUCCACAAUCCUUGUGUUUGGGAUUUUCAUAUUGACUGCUUACUUUCCAGAGCUGCUAGUCCACUGUAUAUUCUUAUUAUAUUAUAUUAUUAUAUUCUUAUUAUAGAGUACGGAAGUAUUAUUAUAUCUACACUAAAGACCAGCUUAUUGAACUCUUCGAAUCUUUGAUAUUGUCAUUAUUUCUGUAUGGAUUAGAAGUCUGCUGCUUUGCCUCUCAAGGCAAAUAUUUAGAUCGUAUUAACACCUUCAUUAGGUGUGCCUAUCUCUCUGGCCAUACAAAUAAGAACUUUUUUAUACCUGUUGAAGAAUAGGGACCGUGAUCUGUUCAAAAGAAUCAUUUGUGACACUGAUUACUAAUGGUGACACUGGUGACACUAGGGCCCUUAGAGAUAGAGGCCAUGGCGUCAUACUCCCUAGAGUGAAAACUGAACGGUUUAAGCGGGAGUUUGUAAAUAAAUGUCCUUUUAGUUUUAUUUCGUGAUAUCUUUUUUCUUCACUUAAUUUUUGUAAUUUUGUAAUACAUAUAUUCAUAACUGACUGAAGGCCACAAGUAUAUAUCGUCUGAUCUUUCACUAGACUCCUACUGCUACUACUAUUACUACUACUACUACUACUACUACUACAUUCUGUCAAUGAAAAAGCUAUGAGAGUCUAAUUCGGGUCUUAAGUUAUUCCGUGGAUCAGGCUGCCUAUUACUGUUAGCACUCCGUUUACGUUUGAUUUUCUAAAGUUGUAAGGAACAAUGGUGAUGGUAACUUAGAAGGUUUUUUUUUUGCCAGGGUCGAGAAGUUUAUAAGCAGUUUAUGUUAAACCUCACAAGAGCUUUGGGAGCAAACAACGACUCAUACAAUGACAUCAUGGAUGUUAUCAACUUUGAAAUCAAACUUGCCCAGGUUUGUACAAUCUCCGAAUGUAAUAGUUUCCAUGCCCCUGUCUUUUGAAGAUGAAGAAAGGGAAGAAUUUAUGAUGAUUGCGGACAGCGUGUACUAUUUUGCAAUAAAUGCAUUUGGGAGCUCUCCCAACUCAGCACGAAAAGUAGUUUUGGUGAUAACCAAGAACGAUUCUAUCUUCUUUACUCUAUUCUAUACGCGGACAAAAAUUAUCGACGUCUGGUUUCGCAGUAUUCCCUCGUUAACAAAACCAAAUCGGAGGACAAACACUCAAAAAAAAUGUACGAGUAAUCAAAUAGAAUUUUGAAAUAAGAAUUUCGAAAUGACCUGUGACGUAUACUAAGAUCGUUUUAACUCAAGAAACACAUGAAACCACACUGAAGUUUUUUACUGUAAUCACAGCGAUAAAACAUUCUUUUGUAAAUGUAAUUUUACGCUCCGAACCCUGCAAAAUACUCAAUACUAGUCUGCCUUCUUUCAUCCUCAAUAUAUUUAAGGUGACUCGCUGGGCAAAUCUAGUGAAAUUCCUCUUUCAAAUUCUGCCAGCGCUAGCUGGUUAUGAAGAAUAAGUCGAGUGAUUAAAAUCAGUUAAAGACCGUAAAAUAUUUUAAAUAAAUAAUGAAAUACUUAAGGUGUUUAAUGUCUUUUAAUGUGUUCCACACAGGGUCGCAAAAAAUGCGCGAUUUAAAUUACACCGCAACUCUUAACCGAGCUAUUAUUCUGUACAUCGCUAGCACAACGCCAAAUGAUCUUCAGCUGGGAGCUGGAGUUAACUGUAAAAUGUUAAUGCCUGUAUUAUGAUGCAGAGUAUUUCCUUGAUAGAGUUAUUGACCUCUCUGUAUAGGCGAUGCCAACAGGUCAGCAAGCGUAUGACGAUGAAUAUUUGUACACAAAAUUGACUGUUAAGGAACUGAAUGAUCUUACCGGAACUGCAAAGGUAAGCCUUCAUUUGUAUGAGUCACUGUAAUUUUACUUGUCUUGUGUUCUGUCGUGACUUCUUCGUAAUUUAUAAUAACCGUCAGGAAAAACACAAGAAUAGCAACAUCAACUUGCAGUCACGUGAGUUAUAGUUCUCAAAGGGACAAGACAUAGGAGACUUCAAAGAACGUUAAUGAUAGUAAAUUACGUUAACCCAUUAGUCAUUGGCGAUAGUUAGGGCGCUUAAAACUUACGCAAACGAUGACAAACUACUUGUUUAAAAUGGCCGUGCAGACGCGUUGAGCGCUUAAAUUUGUGGGAGAACUACUCGCUACAAAGUAUUGCUGUUAUGUCGCACCAUUUUGUCAUUUGACUUGUUCUUUUUACAUGCCUGCGCAUGCCAUGUGCGAAAUCUUGGAUGUACUGAACCGGCAUGCUUGAUGAUUGAAAUAGUUUGUCAAAUUGUAAAGCAAGUCUUUCUUCUGGUUAUAAAAAGAUGCUGUUUAGAGGAAAUGGCCUUGUUAUAAAUGUUACAUACAUUAGCAGUUUGUCACUUUAGGAAAGAUCCAUCAGUCGGCCAUUCGAGGGGCACCAAAGGUGUAAAUAGCACUCCACGUGCAGUUUCGAAUUCGUCUUUAUUACGUUACGAUUCAAAUAUAGGACAACUCCAAAUGCAACGACUGAUUUAAAACUCUUAUAUAGAAGGGUUUGGUUCCGUGAACUGCAUACCUUGUACAGGAACAUGAGUAGCACACAAGCAAGCUCUCUUGGAGGCUAAAACAUGAGCAAAGGUAGGACCUGGAUUCGGUGAAACGUCCAUGCAUUGUGUAAGAUCUCUCGGUGGUAGAAAUAGGUAUUCAAAACCAUUUUUGUACCACACUGUUAUCGGCGUGUUAGGUGAGGCGUGAUCCUUCAAAACUUUAGUCAAUCGUACGCGUUGAACUUCCGAGCUCCAAGUUUCGCUACUUUGACUCCGAACACGGUUAGUCGUUUUAAAAGACGGACUUGAACUCCAUAUAACCAAAAUUAUUAGAAAAAAUGGUGGAAAUCGAUCGCUCAUGGAAGACGCGGUACGCGUGGCAGCCAUGACUUAAAAUUUUAGAUUUGGCGCCAAUGUUGGCGUGUGAUUGUGGAAGGAGGAGAUGGUGGAAGCAGUCACCCUAGGCAGCAGAAAAACUAGUAAAGUAGUUGUUAACACAAGAGUUAUAAAAACAUAAAGAGGAGUCAGAAUUAAGAUAUGGUUUGAUACGACGGCGGAGAGAAAGUCUGCUGCCGAUAAUAGAGCAGAUUGUAUCAAUAUGUUGCUCCCAAGACAUGCCGCGGUCUAACUUUACGCCAAGAAUUUUGUCAUAGUUCACUUGUUCGAUUCAAUAGAUCGACCAUCAAUUUGGACAUUGAGUGUAAAGUGGUAAAGGUAUUGCGUUUUUGUAGAGUCGUAAUUAGUUGAUAUUUGGUUUGAGAUAUGCCUUGAAAAGCAUCCAAUGGCGAAAAUUGUCAACAAUAUAUUAAAAAAGAUGGCAAAGGGUUCCUUUUGAAAAAAUUAUAAGGACAAGGCUAGUGUAACUUAGGUGUCAUUAAUUUAGUAUAAUGCUAUUACCUUUGACUGAUGAUCUCUUGUGAUUGAAAUUCGUCUCAAACAAGAGUGUUUGGUCGGAAAUUACCACCUAUAAAUAAUUUCUGGCACAAUUCAAAUUGAAUGAUUCACGAGUUGUAUUCGAUUAUUGGGCUCGUGAUGUCACUUCACUAGCUUUAUAAUCGCGCCGUAGGUACUACAGUGUUAGUGCUGGAAAGGUUGGGUUUGCAGAGUAUUUCAUGAAAUGAGAUAUGCUAUAUUACGGAUGUGAUGAAUGAGACAACAUGCACAAUUUCUCUUUUCAAUUUUUGAUUGAAGUCAUUUUACUUUGUCCAGUCAUGAUGGAUUAUGGUGCAUAAUCGAUGAAGAUUUCUGCCUUUAGACAAUUUAAUGGAGCACAUAUUCUACUGAGAAUUGUGAAAGUUUCUUUCGGCGGAAAAGGCAUGAAUUGUCCAAAUUUCUGGCCCCACCUCCUCCACAGCCAUAAUGGGACACAUGUUUUUUUGAGAACGAGACAUACAUGUACAGUAUAUUUUUCAUAUAUUUGGUUCAUGAAAGCAUACAGAAUUAGUUUCAAUGGGGUAUGUUUUAAGAACCACACAAACAUGGCAUAAUAUUUUGAUCCAAUGUUUAUGUUUAAUAAAUGCGGUGAAGUAUUGGGCACUAGUGACAUUUCGUUUAGUUUCACAUAAGGUAAAAUGAGCGAAUUCACGCGUUUCAAAAUGGUGCACACAAGCUGAUAGACAUUUGGGCUUUCGUUACUUCAUCAUCCAUGAUUAGUUUUAGGCGACCGUUACUCUUAAGAGGAGAACAAAGAGAAUGAAGGGCACAUACUGGUCUUUUCCGAAAGCACCUUUUAGCUAGGAACAAUGAAUUUCGAAGUCGGUUUUGAUUCAAGAUGGCCUGAACCUAUUUAUGUGCGCGUUGGUUACGUUUUAAAAUCGCCUUUUUCGGCAGGAAAGACUUCACCGAUUUCUGUGAUUUUUGGUAUCCUCAAUAAAGAAUGGUCGAACUUUAAGAAACUGUUAUUUAUUUUCUUGUAGGUAAAAAAAACGUUUGACAUAUCAGCAUACUGGUGUGUUUAAAACAACAUUUUUACAAAAAAUGUCGAUAACUUUGAAACCCUAAGACAGAUUUUUCUCUAACUUCAGCAAACAAGCGUCAGAGCUCUCUAGUUUUAUAUCUGCAAGUUUGAAGCCAAUCGUGACCGUAGAACUCGCUGCACAAAUAGCUUGUCAAAUUUAACCUUAAAAUGCAACGCUAACACAUUUGUGAAAGUUGACACGCAAAUGGGGAAAACUGCCGACGGACUAUCUCCUAUCUACAAUGGUAUUCUUGCCCAUGGUAAGGAAUCACUUUAAGGACUUGUUGGUUGUCUUCUUGAGUAAUUAGUGGACUAGCUGUGGCGCGUACGAUUGCUUUGGUUGGCUUGAACGACCAAAUAUUUCUCCUUUUUGUAAGACUUUGAAAGAAAUAAACCAUACGAUAGGAAAUGGUGCUAGUGUGGUAUUUCAGCGCAUCACAUUACUUUUGGUAAGUCAAGCGACAUCGAAAGUAAUAAUAAGAAACUGUUUACUUAACCUCUGAAGUACAUGGCACAAAUACAUAAGCUUAACCGAAACGACUUCCAUUCAUUGUUGCCUGAUAUAUUUGAUUCAGUUGUAUUUGAUAAAUAUUGUUUCACAGUUAAAGGGGUCUCUUAUAAUUAGUUAUCUAAUUUUGAACAUUUUUUCGAGAAAUGUUGCCUCACAAUUAUAGGGAUCUCUUUAGUUAUCAAAUUUGAAGGGGCCACUUUUGGCUUCCAAUUUGAAUAUUUGCCACAUUCUGGAUAUUGCCAGCCCUCUGGCGAUUUUUCGCUGUUUGCGCCAAAUUUGCAAUUUUUACAAAAUUUUGCCAUUUUCGCCGAAAUCGCCAAUUUCGCGAAAAUCGCCACUCGCCAAGGGGCCUGGUGACUUUUUGCCAUUUUUUGCCAAAUUAGUCUUUUUAGCCAAAAUCGCCAAAGCGCCCCUUUUCAAGGGGCCACUUUUGCCAUCUAAUUUGAAUCGCCAGCCCUCUGCCGAUUUUUCACCAUUCUCGACAUCCAAAUUUGUCAUUUUUGCCAAAAUCGCCACUCUCCAAGGGGCCACUUUUGACAUCCAAUUUGAAUCGCCAGCCUUCUGGCGAUUUUUCGCCAUUUUCGCUAUUGCAUGUAUUUCUGGACAUAAGUGUUUGGUUUUGGUCGUGAUGAGAGACAUUCGGUUAUUAACAGCCCAGGUGGCUACAGUCAACCUCGUUGACAUGAUUACUAACGAAAGUAAGAAACGAUCCUCGAACAAUAAUAGUAGUAUCGUCCGAGGUAGCUCUAAUGGCAAGUCAUUGAUAUGGAUGAUAAAAACAGUGGCCCUAGGACACUACCCUGUGGAACGAUAGUCCUUCCAAUUUGAAGGACUGUUUUCUAAAAUCGCUUUUUUAUGCAAAUUGCUUCGCGCGGCAAUCGCUGCUUGAAUUUCACUAUUAAACCAUUCUAGAAUGAAUAGCCGCUUGACACGCCGCUUUUUUAUAACGGCGCGUGCGGAUUCAGAACGCUCCUGAAUAAAGAAUAAAUAUGACAUAAUGAAUCAUUAGGGUCACAAUACAUGUCCGUUGUACUCCAAGGUAAAUAUCUAAAUCGGCCGAAAAUGCAUCAACAGAUAAAAUUCUUUUUUAAGCGAAAAAACAUAGGUUUAUGUCCUUGAGAAUGUACUCUAAUGGAUCUAGAUUUAAGAGCAAGAGACGUAAAUAGCAAGAUAAUCGCUCAGGGUUAACCGUAGAGUUCCCUAUUUGAUAACAUUAUAACGAAAAUAUGAUCUUAAAGUGUUCCAGAAACCGGUUUUGUAGACACAGUGAUAAGACUUUUUGCACUAGUUAAGUCAAUAAGGCGUUUUUGUGACGUAGAAUUUGAUAAAAGGUUAAAGUGUGCACUAUAAGUGUCUGUAAUUCGGAGAAGGACGUUAUGUAGUCUCAGUUCCUCAGCAGUGUUGUAUAGCGGGCACCUACCGUUUGGAAGAUCUUUGGUCUAAGUGGCCCGGAUGUCUGAUGGCUUAGCAGAUGGUUAAGUUGUGAAAUAAGUCUUGCUCCUUUUUCGCGAGAAACAUCAAUACGCAACUUAGGUAAAGAGACAAAAAUGAAGACAGAAUGCAUUGUUCCAAACAUUCCUAAAGCUUUCCAAACUUUGAAGACGUUGUAGAUACCUCGCCCUGCUCUUGAUCCAGUAUUUUAGAUACAAUUCCUCAUUCAUGUGUUCUGGAUCAGCGUAUAUACGCACCUUUUGGCAGACCUAGCUCUUUAAUGCUAACCUUGAGCCCAUCAAACCAACAGAAAAGUUUGCAAAGCAAUCGACUUCCACUAUUUCCUCAAAUAACGAUAUUUUUUAGCACAUUGACCUCGACGUUUUGACUUUGUGAAUAAACGAUCUAUUUGAAUCCGUUUAGAAGUUUAAAAAAAAGCCAACUCCACGUAAUUUCACAUGUUUUUUCUGUUCUUAUUAAUUCUUUCAGAUCAACUGGAAAGAAUAUCUUGAAAAGUUAUUGUUUCCUGUAACCGGAAUACACAUCACCGACGAACAGGACGUUGUGGUUUACGGAGUUGAUUACUUAAGAAACAUCUCCUCCCUCCUUAAAGAAACUUCGAACAGGUAAUCUUUGGUCUCUUUUCACAGACCUUCGACUCACCUUCCAGUGUUCAGUGUUGUGUCGUUGACCUUCCUCAGAAUCUCUUAGCUACUUGAGUGUGAGAGAGGUUUUUAAAACCACAAAUUUAUUAGGAGAGCCUCAAGACGUCUAUCGUUCUCAUAGCCUGCUAGCAAGCUCUCCAAGGUCAAUAUCAGGGAAGGAGAGCUUGCAGUCACGUCUUAGGAACUUGGGUUCCUCCUCUAGAGCUUUCUGUGGUUCGCCGUUGACUGAGCUGUCAGAUUUUGGUCAAUCAGCGCGGAGCGGAAAUGAGUGUCGUUUGUUAACAAAAAGAGAAAACACGUUGACGAUAAAUUUCCUACGGACAAACGAAGCCCUGAAAGCACGUCCGCUGAGAAAUUAGAAAAUCGUCAGGGUCACGGUUCUGUCGUCAGGUCGUUGUGGGUGUUAGAUCAAGAGAAGAACAUUGCAAAAGUGGCAAACGGCCACUAACGCCUGCUAGCGCGAACAUUUAAAACAAGAUAUUUUGCAUUGUUCCUCCGAAAGUGUUUUGAAACGAAGAAGUCCUGGACAACUAAUUGCGUCUUUUGGACUACAAACUGAACAGGAAUACACCGAGUUAAAGGAAUUGUCGUUUGCAUGAGAUGACACACAUUUUCCCUUCGCCAAAUAUAAACUAUACCGCGAGCCGUGUUUUUUCCCCCACAGAGAACCUAUAGCAACUGGCAAGUGCUUCAACUACGAAGUAAUUUCAAAAGUGUAAAACCCUAGACUGUUCACAGUCCCCUAUUUUUCCGUAAGAUGGUCGCGAUCGAGCGCUUUGCGUUACAGGCAGCCAUCUUGGAUGAGUGUCAAAACCACUUAGAGGGCGGGGAGCGUUUAGGGGCGGAAGAGAGAAAAAUAGAGGGACUGUCAUAAAUAUCACAGCAGCUCGUGUUCAGGGAGUGUGACAGGAAUUUCAUGCCUUUUGCCCUUCAUUAAUUAAGAAACUCCGCUGCCGAUGAAAAGCAGGCCAGGCACAUUUAGCAUCCAUUUCGCGUGUUUACAACAUCUCCUUUCGAAACAGUGAUUUUAUACGGUUUCUGGGAGAUUCCUCCGAAUAAAAUCGGCGAACAUGCUCGCUUCAACACAGCCAGGCAUUUCUGAUAUGAGUCGUCCUUUCGUUAAUUCAAUUCGUUUUAGCCCAGUCAAUCUAGGCUCAAGAUCGAACUAAUUGCAGCAGAAUUGUUUUCAAUGCCAUUUAAAUAUAGGUGGCCUAUCUAGCAACAUUCUAAAAAUCCCCCAAAAUCCGUUCGGUGGGACAUGUCAAAAUUAAGCGUUAAACGUUUUGAGCUUUUGACGCAGGGCACCACGUUAGUUGAAAUUAUACUUUCAAACAAAAAACGCACAAAAUGUGUUUGUUAUUUUCAUGGAAAAGUGAAAGAAGAAAGAUAACUGCUACCUAGUUUUCGGCGAUAAAAACAUUAAAAACGAAGAGUUUCUUUUUUUCAAACAAUACAAAUAUUAAACAUGGUUGGCUUUUGCACAGGAAGCCCAUUCUCCACUCAAGGAACCCCAAAAUAACAGGAACCUUACAGAGUAAUAGAGUUGGCUGUUGGCUGUAAAACUACGACAAAAUUAGUCGUAACGCUUUAAAUCUGAAAAAUGAAAGCCGUUACUUAAUCAUUCGCUUUUAAAAUAUAUCCUUUUUAAUCAGAUUUCUGUUAGCCGCGAGGGUAAGAAAAAUAUAUAUACUCAAGCUGGAUUUUUUAAUAACGUUACAGCCAAAAUAGAGCUCUCCCCUCAAACAGUCUUUUUCUUUCAAAAAAAAUCUCCAGAGAAGUCGACAUAAGAACUAGGAGUGCAGCCAUUACUUUUUUUCUUCUCCUACUUUCUUUCUCCUUCGCUUUUUCUAUUUUCCCUUUCCUCGUUCUUUUCUUGGAGGAUUUUCGGGCUCAUUUUGCCCUCGACUUUUGGUCUUUUUCUCAGUCAAAAGACGAUUUUCGUUCGGUAUGUUUUCAAAUAUCCAGCGAGAUAAUACUUUGGCUUUUACGGUUACCUAUACAUUAAUUUUCGUUAACGUAUUGACAUCUUCAAAUAUGCAAGUUUCACUUUUUUGAAGCUUUUCGUUUUUUUCUUGUUAUAAGUGAAUCGGAGAGGAGGGAAGGAUAGUUUUACUAAUUCUUUACGGUGCACAACAAUGCAGAGUUUUUGAGCAGGUUAAGCUCCGAUGCCUAUGAAUUUGAUACGAGAGAAAUGCGUUUCGGUCAUUUAAGGAAGAGUGUUGUUGCCUUCGCAAAAAAAAUUAUGAGGGUUAGCAGAACUUUCAUCCGAAUAUAUAGAUUUAGCCAGGGCUAAAAGCGAGGCUCCCAUUAAUAAAUUUAUAGUUUGAACCAAACAAUAAACUUGUAUUCCACGAUUCAGUUAACUUUAGAGCACAUUCAUGUGACUUUUGACAGCUGUUUUGAGGGAAAGGCUAAGUGAUUUUAGAGAAAAAUAAUUUGCAAACAACCCAAGAGUGAACGAUCUCUUACAUCGAGUUGAUAACCUCUGUAUGCACACCUAAAAACUGGCAAUCAUUUUCGAUCACAUUUAAAAGUCAUAAUGGCUCUUGAUCACCGUAGAUUAAUUAGGUCUGGAAAAAAAGUCAGGCCGAAUUUUUUGCGUUCGACUUUACAAAAUCUUGUCAACAAAUCUGGGUGCAUGUAAACCAACCUUUUAUACCACUUAUACAUCAAAUCUGAGGUGAAACAGUACUAUGAGGCACUGUUUUUAUCAUACAGACCUCGGACAGAAUGCGGUAUUUCACAAUUUUGCAAUACAAACUGCAUUCAUUCAAUAUUCAGGAGAUAGAAGCAUACGUGGGCUUUUAGGUAAACCGUUAAAAAAAAUUUCCAAAAUCACCAAUACGGCCAGCCGGUUUUCACUUUUGUAGUGCGAGAUGUGAUCGAGUGUUUGAAUGAACAAUAAUAGAGUUACGCUCCAACAUAAUAAAGAAUUUAUUGUUUAUUUUUUUUUAUUUAAUGGUUUUAUCGAUGUGUAAUCUUCAAAAGCGUUUGACACGCGCGGCAUUUGGAGUAUUCACGCAAGCGAUGUUCACUGAACGACUGAAAACAAACGGCACAGCGAUUAAAAUUACAAGAGAGACUACUAACAAUCAACAAAAGAAAUAUAAUUCUGUGAAACAUAUACAGAGACAACAAUUUUCAUUCACGAAGACAAGUAUUAAAGUGUCUCGAAAAAUCCUGAGUCUUCAAGCUUAGAGCUUAAGUUUAUGUUUUAAGCCUGCUUCCUGGUGUUUGCUUUUUUUCAACGAUGAACUCGAGGCAAGAAAAUCGCUCAAAGCUCAUCCUUUUACUGCCAGAAUUAUAACUAAAUAUUCUUUGGAACGUUUUCCUUCUAUUUGCGGUGAGAAAAUGUCUAAAGACUUUUUAAAGUUCUGUAAGGUUAUAUCAAACCUGAUACUCUGUCAGAUCAUUGUCUCAAAUCUUACAAAGGUGCAUAAACUAAAUAGCCGCAUAAACUUCGCUCGACUUCAUUAAAUUAGAUUUAUUAUUCAUUCAACAUAUUUCCCCAAUUCUGAUUGGCUUAAAGCACACGCAUAAUUCACCAUAACCAGUUACUGUUGACCAAAUUUGGAAGAAUUUUGUGUUUAACGAGGAAAUGACGUCAAAAUUACAACCUUCUACAGGUUAAUGCGCCGUUAACCGAGAAGACCUGGGGACGAGAUUGAGUUGUUUUCGUUGUAAAAACUAAAAUGGCGGACACUUCACUCGUUUCAAGAGUAAGAACCACAGCUGGAACUAGGCGAAAUAACUAAAAACAUAGCAAAAACAGCAAGAAGCGAACUCGGAGGGCGACAUCUGCUAUUUGGAGAAUAUUUGCGGAGCUGAACAAACCUAAACGUAGACUAUCGAAGAUAAACUUAACAUCGAUGCAGUUAAGCUUGUUUUAGCUGUGUUUUAAAACUAGGAAUUAUUUUGAAUGAAUAAUAAAACAAUUAUUGAAUUCGGUUUUCGUAUCAUAUGAAGAAUUAUGGAGAUCUCAGAGGGUGUUAUCCGCCUCGGCCUACGGCCUCGACGGAUAACACCAUCCUCGAUCUCCAUAAUUCUUCAUAAGAUACUCAGCCUCAUUCAUUAAUUGUUAAAUAAAAACAAACAUCAAAUACAAUAAUUACACAGGCUUACCAUUCGAGAUGCAGCUCCUGAAAGGUAUCAAGUAAAGCCAGUAUAUAUUGCUUCAGACCUUUCAACCCUCUUACGCAUCAAGCAAGGUGAAAAACGAAAAUAAUGCCAUCCGAAAUCGGAUUUGCGACUUUGACAGGUGACGCAUUUCUCAACCAAAAACCCAAUAAACAAACUAGCCAUGAACAACAGAAGACUCCUGAUAGCAGCUGAAUUUCAUUUUGGACAUCCAGUGGAAAAGACAGUUAAAAACAUCACAAGUUGACACAAAACUCUGUCAGCUUCAGCUGUCAAAGUAAACAGAGUAAACAAGACUCAAGAUGCUGCAUAAAUUUUCCGCAUGAACUCACCUGUCAAAUUUUAACCAGUCACAGCGCUAAACAUUGGGCGUCGAGCGUGACCAACGCGUGACCAUGGUGAGCAAAUUUAAAAGCGACUAUCUCCCCUGCCUGUAAUAGCUGGCUGAAUUUUCGCGUCCGAGGUCAGUUUGAAAUCAAAAUUUUAAUUGUGCGGCGCAUAAACACAACAUAUUUCAUAUCAAUGAAAAAAAAUUAAACUUGAGCCUGCGAUCAUUUGAAAACUAGUAACUUGUCAGCGGAUAAGUUCAAAAAAUACUUGACCUCGAUGGAUCGACACCUGAGCCAGCGAUACGGUCAAGUGAUACUCGUCAGCAGAUACCCUGUUUUGACAGCUGUCAAUUGAUCACAACAUUGAUGUCUAAUAUGUGUGCAUUAUCAGUUUUCCUGUGUUCUCAAACUAGCUAGAAAGUAUGACAGUAUGAACAUUGAUCGCGAUCUAGUAAAACAAUUGGUCAGCGGACAGCUUCUAAAUAAAUCACGUCACCCCGAUGAGUUGACACAUGAGCCCGCGAUAUGGUCAUGUAAAACUGGUCAGUGGCUAUCCUGUUUGAUAGCUGUCAAUUCACCAUAUUGUGAGUGUCCAAUGUAAAAUAUGUGGAUUUACCAUGACACGCCUGAGACACACCUCCCUUCCUUUUGAUAGUCUCCCCUACCCUACCCGUACAAUCUGUAGACGAGUACGUACGUACAUACGCUCGGUCAAUCACGUAACAACCAAACGAACAGAGUUUGACCAUAUUCUAUGAGUAUGGGGCUCUGUCCCACGCGUGCUUCGCGCACGUGGGAGCCCCGCUCUAAGAACUUUGGUCCCAGCAAACGUUUGUUUCAAGAAAACGAAAUAUUUUAAUAGGUAAGCUUGUUUUUAAGGGAAAGAUUUACUCUGGGUAGCCAAAACAAUGCGUAUGUAAAAAUAUCGUGUAAGAGUCUAUGGAGUAAUGGAAAUUCCCCACCCACUGCAUUAAAAUAUGCAGUAAGUUGAAGUGUUACACAACGCUCAUCCGAAGAGAAACAUUGGUGCCGAAAAAAGAGGUGAGCAAUCAAUAAAGGAAGUGAUUAACCCUAACCAGUAAAGGCAGUUUACCCUAAUCUGUAAAACGCGGUGCUUAACCGGCUAAUCCAAAACGAUAAGGAAUACUACGUUGUGUAGACUUCAUAAGGUGUCCAAGGGCCUUUCGACAGAUGUUAAAAAGUGCUGACCGGUUUGAACGUAACUACCUCACAAAACUCGAUUACAGAAAAAGGGAAUAGGUUAAACCGUUUGUACUGAUACAAAGCUAUCGUCCGUUGCACACAUUCAGUCGUACGUAUCUUGCAGCAUGGAUGCAAAUUUAGCAGCUGACUGAAGGUGAACGAAAUAUCACAUCAAACUGUUCACCAUCAGUCAGCUACUAAAUUUGCAUCCACGCUGCAGGAUAUAAAAAAUUUCCAGCCUGUGACACUGCCAAAAUACUUACUGCAUUUCUGAUAUUGCGCAAAAAAAAAACAAUUACCAACAUUUUUAACAUGUUAACACAGACUGACUAAUAACUUCCCUUUUAAAUGCCGUGAUAGAAAAAAAAUUAAAACUUGGAAAACAGAAUGUAAAGACAGACGAGUGGCUGGGUAACCUGUGCAAAGCUCUCAAGACGAAACGCUGACCCUGGUGUUCCUCACACUUUUAGUCGGCGUUUUUUUAAAACAAAACUACCCAAAAUACAUUAGCGAUGUUGUAUCGAAAAUUCUUGAGGAAAAAAAAAAACACAAUUAUCAGAUUUUUUGUCUGAAUUUGUGAUCUUCCUGAAAUUAGGUCUCCUGUGGUGAAAGUUGAAAAUCUUUAUUUCCGGUUUUUCUCAUGUUUUACGAAACCGAUUUUGGCGGCUUUUUAGUACGUUGUUAAAUAGCCAUCCUACAAUUAAACGCCGUUGAAGAAAAUUCUGUUGCAAUUAGUUUGAUGCUCAUAGGCGUACGGGCGGGGGGGGGGGGCGAGGGGGGCUGCAGCCCCCCCAAAUUUUGGGCAACUCAGAUUUUUUGGGCAGCGAGAGAAAAUUUGGGCAAAGUCAGUUUUUAAAGACGUCUCCAUGUUUAUUUAAUUUAAUUAUUUUGAAGACCUGAAUAUUAACCUAAAGUCGGCGUAAUAAUCCAGUUACAUUACAGUGGUUUCCUAGCAUGUGAUGAGUAAUUUACAUAUUUGUAGUUUUUUUAUUGUUGGGCACUCUACUGCUCUGCACUAGCUGGAAUGGGCUAUUUCCAGUCGUGAAUUUCUUAAAAUAAACUUUCGCAUAACUUUCUAGAAUCAUCUCCACUCGAAGAACAGUGUAUGGCAGAUAGCAUCAGCAAUGGGUAUGAAAAUGAAGAAGUGGCUGACUACUGAAUUCUCAUUUUGAAUUAGUAUAGCGAGAAGAAUCUUAAUUCUUUUAAAAAAUCUAUCGAGCAGUUCCAUGAAAUUAUUCGCUAAUUUGUUAAAGUAGACCGAAAUGUUUACAAAACUGCUAACAAGAGUGCCUUGAUGACUAAUCAAAUCCUUCUUUCGAUUCUAGCAAUCAAGCAGAGCUAUCUCCACGAUCUUUCAAACAUGUUUUUAAAAAGAUUAAAACUACUAUGAGGUGAAAAUGCAUGUCAAAAGCGCUUCGUUUUGUACAGAUAACGGCCAAACAACAAGAUUUUCCUUUUCUUACCGUAUUUCUAAUAAUAAAAGCUUCAUUCCAAAAUAUCUCGAUAACGCUCUUAAGGUUUUGUUUAAACUUCACGAACAUCAAGGCGACCGUAUUGGAAAAAAAUGCUCCUGUGAACGAUUUUGUAAGGUUCCCCGUGCCGAGAGAAUCAUUGCUGAAGUAAAAUAGGUAAUGGGGUCAUUUCGUUGCUAUGACAGCUCCAAUGUCAUUGCAACCCUGAUGGUGACAAAUUUUCAUCUUAAUACAACGGACGUCGCAAGUUUUCAAAUGUUUGUUUAUGGCGACGUAGUUUAUGCUCAGACUUGGUAUUCAGACCCUGAAAAACUGAAUCGAGCCAGCUUCAUAUGCCAGGACGGCCUAUGUUGUUCCAAUAUGGCCCUCAUUUCUUUUCGACUCUUUCGUAAAAAUUUGGGCAACUUGCCGGUUUUUUUUGGGCAAAUGGUUUACCGCCCCCCCUGGCAAAAAAUUUCCCGUACGCCUAUGUUGAUGCUAAACCACAGUUUGACUGGACUAUUUGGCAGAAACUGUGUUACAACAUUCCCCUGGCCGGGCUGCUUCAAAAGCUUACGUGAUUCAUCCUCGAAAUACCAAAAAUCCUUUGUUUGUUUGCGGAAAAUAUGCCUUGCAAAAUGGCAUAGGCAUUGGGUUUUGAAUACCUGCGAGGAAAGUAGCGAUAAUACAUUGUAGGCGUUUCAAACGGCCAAACUGUUUUAGACCGUUUUAUGUCAUCCCUCCUCCAUAAAAUGUCAAUGGGAGUCUGCCCUACUUCACGCCGAUCGGAAAUAAAUCCCUUCCCUAGUUUCUUUGGCCUAAAGUGGUGAAGAUCCAAAAUAACACAAAAGUUGGGCAAACAGGUAUUAUAAAAGCUUACGUUUUAUGGAAACGACGACUUAUCAGCGACUUGUCCCUGUCGGCAACUUAGAUUAAAUCCGUUGUCAACGCAAAUUAAUAUCUAUUGUUAAUGACCAAUCAAACGCCUGCGUUGCUGGUACAAUGAGCUCCGUGAACGCGCGCUGCAGUGAUGUUAGGUCAGUCCCUCUAUUUUUCUCGCUUCCUCCCAUACCGCCUCUCCCGCCCCCUAAGUAGUUUUGACACUCAUCCUAGAUGGCUACCCGUAACGCAAAGCGCUCAAUCUCGACGAUCUUACGGAAAAAUCCCUGAAAGAGAUCUUCUUGUUAAAGCAAUACGUAAAUGUUUUCAAAGAUUUAAUGCUCAGUAUGAGAUUUUUGGCCUGUCACCCGCAGCAGUUUCUCACAGUAAUGACUUCAUAACCAAAUUUUAUCUCCGCCAAUCAGCAUUUUGUAUCGAAUUUUUCAAUGCAAAUAUUAAAAUUCCUGAGACGUGACUGCAAGCUCUUCCUUUUUCGUCCAGCCGCUAGAGCGCCCAGAGAGCACGCUAGCAGGCUACAGUUCUCAUUGAGCGUUCACUGGGAAGAGUCUUAAGUCUCUUUCUGCAGCUACAUGCAUCCAUUCCUUUUGCCUUGCUGGAAUCCAAAAGCUCUCACGAUAGGCCAAAUUUCCAUCGCUUGCAUUCAUUUCGCAACGUAAACAUUGGUGUUUAAAAUCUGGUACUUUCUUGGGAUCCUAUUAAAGAUGGAGUGUUUCAAAGGAGUAAGAUGGUUGAAUAGGUCAUUCCCUCUAUUAACACAGAUUACCAGAGUUUUUGACUGGUUUAUUCUAGGACCCUUGCCAACUACAUGAUGUGGAGGCUGGUUGAUGCGUUGUAUUUGCGACUGGGUGACAAAUUUGAGGAGAUAUUUAAGAAUUUUUACAUCACUUUAGAUAACUAUUGGUCUUCGACUCCUCGAGAAGAGUUAUGUGUUCAGCUCAUGACAGAAAAAUACUUUGAGACGCCACUAUCUCGGAUAUACGUGGAGAAAUUCUUUGAUGGUGAUAGCAAGAAAUCGGUAAGGAAAGGCAUUCAUUUUACCACGUUCCACUUGUUCACUUUUUAACAUUUUUAGAGCUUUUUUUUGCGACAGUGUCUUACCGUAAAUUUCUGCACUAAUAUGCGUUAAAAUACUCUUUGGGAGAAAAAACGUAACAUGUGAUAACUAUCGUUGUCGGAUAAUUUGAAUUCCUACAAAUUGCACCAAUUUAGGCAAGAAAUUUGGCAAAUGGCAUAAGAGAUGCGUUUGUGCAGAACAUACACGAGCUUGACUGGAUGGAUGAAAAAACCAAGGCUGUCGCCAUUAAAAAGGUAAAGUAAUUCCUCUAGUCAUUCAAAUCUCAUUACAGUUCAAAAUAAUUAUGAAUUCUGGCCAAAAGGAUGGCGUAGUGCAUAUUAUUUAACGUAUACAUCACCCGUGAAUGUCUUACAAUAUCUUCCAUAACAUCAUCAAGGGAGUUCUAGAUAAUUGUGCAAACAAGCUUUUAUUGAUGUAAGAAAUAAAAAAGAGAGUUGAUUUCAGUUUUCAACGAUAUGACAGCUAUAGUCGAUAGCAAAACGAGUACAGGGUGAGGUCUCAUUUCUCUCAUUGUACCUCGUCAUUGUCUCAUUGUACCUCGCAAGCAAUAACGGAAGUGUGCCUUUCCUUUCAGGCAAAACGGAUGGUUGAAAACAUUGGUUACCCAGAGUACAUUAUGGAUAACAAACUGUUAGAUGAUCAAUACAAGGACGUAAGUUUCAUAAUCUAUUCCAAUUGCCACCACGAUUUCGUCAUUUGCCACAAAGGCAAAAAAGUGCCAUUUUGAACGCAGCUGUCAGCAUCUACUUGCUCGCUAUUUCGGAUGUACUGUCCCUAUGUCCUUUUUUACUUUCCGCGUUAACAAAGUCGAUUCGAUUAAAAUCAUAAAUCCUAUUUAACGUGAAAAAGCCGUUGAAGGCUCUCGGACGCUUCCUAACCCUGUGCGCUUUUCGUGUUUGUCACAUUUCAGCACGAUAUACCUGUUGACAACUCUUUGUGCCUGUACCCUCUCCUAUACGUUAAGCUUGAGCGUCAGCUUCUCUGUGCAUUAGUGCGCGAUGGUUUACACUUUCAAAGGUACUAUGUAUUUCGUUUGUACUGACUACCUUAAAGUGGCUGUGGAGUGUCUUGGACUCCGUAUCAAGACAUAUUUAUAGAUGGCUUUUUCUCAUAAAAAAAACGUUGUUCCGAUACGUUUACUGAUUUAUUGAAUGACAACUCUCUUCCGAAACUGCCGGCUGGAUCUGAAAUGGUCGUGUUAGGAGAUUUCAAUAUUGACUUUUUGGCCAAGAAAAACAAUGCUUCAUUUAAAUUAAAGAGACAACUAGAGCAAUUUGCAAUUGCUAAUGACCAGGACUAGUUAAUCAACUCCCCGACCAGGAUUUGUGAACAAUGGACUGCAUAAACUGAGUUCAACGAGCUGCCAAAGGUCUAAUAGUGACUAUUGACUCCAACUCUUUUUCCAAGAUACGGACAGCCACCGCUGCCGAGAACAUCAGGGCUACGGACGAAAGGUAUUAAGCAAGCACUUGGACCUAAAUAGAAAAGAGCCCUAGACGUUCCUCCAUAGUGGAUGGCUCGCUACCCAUCUUGAAGGAACUCGGCAUAGAACAAUCUAUGGAAAUACUCGGCAAAGCUCUCUACGAAAUUUUCUUAGGGAAAGCUCUUACAGGCCAUGGCAAUGUACCCAAAGUUUUAAAGUGCGCCAGGAGAACGCUCCUCGCGGAAAUGCAUGAUAUCCUCUGGAGGAGAGCUGGAGGAAAGUGUGAGGUGCCAGGAAUCUGAUAUACAUGUUGAUCUCAAUUCUUCUUUGACUUCCGCUAACAGUCUUAAUGUUAAUCCUCUUACUGUUCUUCUCUCCUCCAUACUAAAUAGCGGUUUUCAUAGCCAAAGUUGGACAUGUUUGGGUUAGUUGACCGUGGAAAUAAAAACAACUUAAACUCAGUAUGGGUAAUGUUUGGGUAUUACAGAAACUACUUGGUUCCCAUCGGCAAGAAGCUAAAAACCAAUGAAAAACUAAAACGCAGGAUAACAAACCCAAACAGGAUCUUCAACGGGACGCAUGAACCAAGGGCAGCUCUAACAUCACAAGACCACCUAUGUAACACUAACAUCUGACAGUGGCAAGGGAGGAAUAUUCUAAAAAUGGCAUUACCACCGUUUUCGUUGAUACGCGACUUUCGGAAACAAAACACCCGCGGAAACGUUUCCAAAAUUUCCGUCAAUCAUGCAUGUUAUCGACAGAUCGGAUCGAAAUCCACCAAUCACAACCACUAGUGUGACCUUCUGACCUCGAUAACACGCAUGAUUGACGGACAUUUUGAAAACGUUUCCGCGUGUGUUUUCUUUUCGAAAGUCGCGUAUCAACGAAAACGGUGGUAAGCAAAUUCGCGAGCUAAGCAAAAAUUCAGGUACAAGUAGGAUCAAGUGAUCAAAACAGGAAAACACCUAUGCGGACAAAAUCAAGACUAACUUUGACUCAUUUAAAGAAAGAAAACGAACCUUUUUUUUUUUUUUAAUUUUUAUUGUUUUUACAAACAUAAUGCUGACUUACUUACAUAGUACUUUCUUAGUUACAUAAAGCUUUAAUACCUACUUACAUAUAACUUGCUAAAUUAAAUACUACUUACUCACAUAAUAUAAACAUACAAGAUAAUGCUUACAAAACAGAAGCCGAUGAGUUGGAGUCUGUUACAAAAUAAUGAAAAAAGAAUUCUAAUACAACUAAUUACUAACUUGCUAUCUCUUAACGAAGAGUAAAUAAGCUAAAAACGACAAAAAAUAAAUAAAUAAAUAACAAACAAACAAACAAAACAAAAAAGCCAAAAAACAAGGGAAAUUAGCCAGAAUCAAGAAAAUUAUUUUUACAGCUUGACUUGCACCUUAGCUUUGCUAGUUUCAAUUUGUAUUUUAUAUUUAAGGAUAGACAAAAAAGCGUCGAAAAAAUAAUCUUCCUCAUUUUUAGACGCGGUGUAAAUAUAGUGUUUUGCAAUUAUCAAGCAGAGGUUUAAACCAAGACAGUGAGGCACGGUGUCUGUAAUGCCAUAAAGUGUUUGUGCUUCAGAAAGCGAGAUCUCAAUGUUGUUUUUUUCGUGCCACCAAACUGAAAAAUGUGUCCAAAACAGCUGAGUAUUGGGGCAAGUCACAAAUAGGUGUGUGAUUGUUUGCUUAUCAGCGCAUAAAUGACAGCGGUCAUGUUCCUUAAUUCCGAAUUUAUAUAAUGUAGCGUUGGUGGGUAAGAUGUGGUGUAAGAUCUUGAACUGAAACAUUGAGAGUUGUAUGUCUUUCGUAGCACUGAAAGGCAUCUUGUAAAUUUGAGAAAUUUGCUGUUCAUUUAAACUAGCUUUUCUGAGUCUCUUUUUGGCGGUGACAGGAACAAAUUUCCUUUCAACAAAAAAGUUGGUAGCAAGUUUAGAAGAAAGCUUCUCAACGGGAAUUCUAUCCUUACUUAUGGAUUUAUUCGAAGGCGGUUGUAAUUUACCUUUCAUUAUUUUAAUCCAGUUAGGAGGAAUUGCUUUGCAUAAGCCGUAGUAGGUAAGAAAAUUAGUUUUAAGACCAAAAUAAGAGCAGAAGUCUUGGUGAGAUAGAAAGGUAUUGCCGUUGAAGAGAUCUCCAAUUUUUUCAACACCCGCUACAUGCCAUGCUUUAUAGUAUACUGAAUAAUUGUUGAUCCUAAUAAAGCGGUUGUCUGUCUUUGCCAGACGAAUUGCGUAAUAGCUUUAUUAACUUUUUGAAUAAAUGUGGGGGUGACAGUGAGGACAGCAGUGUUAUAAAUAAGUUUGGAGAGGGCUAAUGCUUUUAAAAUGACAAUUCCACCAUGUAAAGUUAAGUUCCUAGGGUACCACAAGUUUAGCAAGGAAGCCAUCGAGGACAGUUUCUGUUCAAAGUUCCUUUUGAAAGCAGCUUCGUCAUCAUAAGAGAAGUGAAUACCAAGUGCAAAUACAGGAUCUUUUGGCCAUGCAAUAUCAAGAGGUUCUUCCGGGUUGUUUUUGUUCGCGCCUAGCCACAAGCCCUCUGUCUUGCUUCUGUUUACUUCAAGACCAGAGCAUUUUUGAAAAGCGUGGAGCAGUUGGAAGAGGUUUUGGGCAGAUGUUAUAUCAGAGACAAAAACAGUGGUAUCAUCUGCGUAUUGUGAAAUUUUGAAUUCCUUUCCAUAUACGUUGAUUCCUUGAAUAUUUGCAUUAGACCUAAUUGCAUUAGCAAGAAUUUCAGCGCACAGCACAAAUAGGGAGCCGGAAAGAGGGCACCCUUGGCGAACACCUCUUUGUAGUUUAAAGAAGACAGAGGCGUAACCAUUAUUUACUACACAGCUAGAACAGUCAGUGUAAGAGGUUCGGAUCCACUGUAGUAACUGAGGGCCGAAAUUUAAUUCCUCCAAGGUCUUAAAAAGGAAGUUCCAGUCGACGGUGUCAAAAGCUUUUUUAAAGUCCACAAAAAUCGCCAUGCCGGGAAUGUUUUCUAGCUCAGUUAUCUUCAUGGAAACGAAACUUAACACAAUAACGUCCAAAAGACUUCACAACAAAAGACUCAGUAUCAAAAGAUUUGAGAGAUGCCUUUAUUUGUUACUGACACACCCUUUAUCACCAUCUUCUAGUGUCGCCCUCAACUUAUUGAGCAGAUAUGGCCUCUUUGAAGUUCUAACCUUUUUAGGAUGCCGAUCCAUCCUACUCAGCGUCAUCAGAGCUUUCUUGAAAAUGUGAAACCAUCCCCUUCCAACGAAGGUUUUGCAGCCAAGUGAAAUGAGGGUGCGUAAUGGCACACAUUCUUUUCGGAAUUUCUUCACCAUCCCGCUAAAAUAUUCUAACGCAAUUGGGACAGUAGGUAUCUUCGCAAUAGCUUAGACGGCAGCCUCUUCUGUGUAUCAAGACCCAGAGCUAAUGUCUAACGUCCAGAAUCCUUUUGUUUAUCAAUAAUACAGCGAUUAACACUCGCACAGCGACAGACCUGCAGAAUUUCCAAAAUCGCAUUGCAUAGGAAUCUCUAAAAAUUACUUAGGAAUCUCUAAAAAUCGAAAAUCGCGAGCUAGGGACCCAGAAACGCCACCUUCCAUCCAGAUAGCCAAUUAUUAUUUUCGAAGCUGUUCGGAAGUUUGUCUCCUCAUUUGCUAAUAUUCCCUUGAAACGGAGCUAAUCGAACGCAUUGUAAAGGCCCCAAGAGAUUUUGUUACUUUUUAAAAAGAGCCUAUUAACGGUAAGGUCUUGAAAUAUUAAGAUCGUGGUCUUGUAAACCCUCUGUAUGGCAAAGAAAGAUUGCACUUCAUGACCGCUAAAUGGAGUUUUGAUUUUUUUCAGGGCGAAAACCCUUUCUUCUACUGAGGUUGCAACCAUGGCUUGAUAUAAACAGUUCUGGUCACUGUUCGUAUUGCCACCGCCUCUACUUACCCGCUCUUCACGCGUUCUUUCUCAUACAGGCCAUGUGCAAUGAGCAUAGCCAUUGUCCCAAUGCACCUCACGGAGUCAGAGACUAGUUGUUGUUUUUUCUUAUCUUAUUACAGUGGAACCCCGAUAUAACGGUCCUCGAUAUAACGAUGUUCCCGUUAUAACGAUGAAUAUUCUAUGUCCCGGCAAAAGCUACAGUAAAAUGUAUGGGACAGAAUCCCGAUAUAACGAUCUUCGAUAUAACGAUAUUCUCGAUAUAACGGUGAGAAUUUAGCGAACUGAACGUAAAAUCUCUCCAACCAUAUUAUCAGUAAACACAGUCACAAUUUAUCUAAAACAAUUAAUUUUAUACAACAACACUACUGUAAUCGAGUAAUCUCUAAUGUUUGUGUGAACUUACGUGGUCUUCUUGGCCUGUACAUAACUCUGAUAACAGAAAAAUUGAAACAAAAACGACUUAAGAAGGACUGUUGCAAGUGUGUCAUGCGCAAUAAUGCAUUACUUGCUGGCCAGUGUCUGUUUUUUUCCAACUCGAUAAAUAACGACAAGCUGAUUUAGCAACAGAACGGGAACGUCAGUUGACGACGGGAAAGUACGCGGAAAGGACUAAACGCGACUUGCGGUGCCCAAUUUGCCGCUCUGCCAGUGGUCAUGGAUAAUAGAAAGACUGGAUAGGAAACUGGCUGACGUGAUCGGUUCCAACAUAGUGGAAAAAUGUGACGUCACAUUAUCGAGAGCCAUUCAACCUCUUACAUCCGAUGUUUUGCGCGUCUUUAAUUAAUCCUCGCAUAUUGCCCGGAUUGCCCAUGUUUUGAUGUAAAGGAUAAAGAGUACUUGUUCUUGGCAAAGACAGUUAGAGGGUACAAAAUCGGUAGAGGCAAAAAACUGAGUAAAUGAUAAUGAAACUUGUGAGAGCGAAGAAUGACUCCAGCGCCGAUAAUUUUACGCACCAAACGAGAAGCCUAAGUACAUAAAAACUAUGCGAAAACUUACAUGUAUACAGCUACAAAACACUUAUAAAAAAGGCACGGCCUAAUUUUCUACAAGCCACAAGAAAACCGGGAAGAAUUUUAAUUAUUUUUGUGACGGUUUUGACGAUUUCUUUUCUGCUUUUAUACAAGCUCAGCGAUUGUCGAAUUUUACAAGUUAACAACUGACUCUUGACAAAAUGAUUUUAUUAGCGGUAAAACUGUCGAGGCUUGAUGUUUCAAGUACCCAGCUCAAACGAGGGUUUAAUUUUCCAUUCAAAUUUAUUUACGGACAAUCAGUGACAAGAAGCCGUAGUUGAGAACUGUAUAAAACAUGAUAAAAAGCGGGGUUAAAAAGCUCAGCAGAGAAAGGAAAUUUGCUUGCGGACCACCGUGGAAACGCUGUUUCUAACUUUCUCAAAUCAAUUUUCAUAGUAAAGCGACAAGUUCUUUUGUUAUUUUCAGGUAUAAAUGUACCAUUACCCAAGGUGAUUUUCAGUCAGGUCUUUGAAAAAGCGAACUGCAACGCUUUUAAAAGUGUUAUGUAAAACGGUUAAUAGUUAACCACUAGAAUACAGCUGGGAAGCAAACUCAUCAUUAAUAGUAGGCCCUUCACUUCUUUUUCAUGAGGAACACUUGUCUUCCACUGAUAAGGCUUAUAAAGCUUAGAAAUAUAUUUAUUCCUUGAAAUACUGACCUCUUUUUAGGAUGAAACAACCUUUAAGUUUUUGUAUUGUAGUCUUAAUGAUAUAGAAAUCACCUUUGAAAAUUAAACAUUAACACUGUUCCCAAAGAAAAUAGAAGCUGAUUUAAUAUUUAAAAAAAAAUAAAUAAAAAAAGUAACAUCUAGGAUUUUUGUUUAGCCUGAGGUAAGUGGAUAAGGGCUGGAAAAAAUAUGUCUGUCUGGUCACAUUAUUAUGUUGUUGAAAACAAAAUUCAUACCCCAAACAAGUACAGGUAUAUGUUUUAUUACUUUGAUUUAGAAUACAUCUUGGUAAGGUUUAUCACCUACAGGUACAUAGUUGCUUUGCAUCUCUAUAAGAACUGAGUACAAUAAUAGUGCUAAUCACGUCCAUCUUUGGUUUGAAAAACAAUGUGAUUCAGGUUUAGACCGCUUCAUAGAAAAACACUAACCAAAUACAAAACACAUUACUCUGUAGCUAACACAUGCAGUGACCCUCACACACAAUUAAUUUGUCCCAGUCAGAAAGGAGUUGCUAACGCUCUUCAGAUGUGAUGAAUAAAGCUUAAAGCACCUUCUGAUCAGAAAUAAAUUAUAUGCCGCCUUCUGGCUCUCAUGCAUGAAAAAAGUAACUUUUGUUGCUGUUUUAUACAGAAAGAUUGAUUGAUUUGUGCCCUCUCAGAAGAGUACUGUACUUGACUCUGCUUGACCACAAUUUACUGUCUUCAUUGACUAAAUGUGUUAAGCAAAUCCUACAAAAAAGACAAACACAAGGAAAACUAAAACACUGUUUACAAAAUAACAACAACACUUAGGAGCCUAAACGGAGGCCGAAAAAUGUCAGUAGGUGUAGUUUAUGUACAAAAAAUAUAUUCGAGUCUCUUCAGUGCCUUCGAAUACAAGCUGCGAGGAGCGACUUGAGGCGAUUGUAUUCACUGGAUAUGUAAUUUUAGAAGUCAUAUUUCAACAUUAAAAGAUAGCGAAACUAACAUACAAUUAGCAGGGUUAAUCUAGGAUAUUACUUGAGCGAAGCAGUCCUCAACACAAUCAAGUCUGCCGAUUAGAACAUUGUACACCCCCCGUGUGCGUACAGUUGUUCGGCAAUAGCUCCGAUUGUAGAUAAUUUAGGUCAUUUUCAAUCGAAAUGUACGGCCGGAAAAUAACAGCACCCAGUCUGUAACUAUACCUAUGCCACAAUUCCAUCCUUAAAACAUCUGUCAAUCGCAGUUAUGAAUAGAAACAAGAAGGAACCUUCUAAAUAUAGGCGUCCCAAAAUAGUCGACAAGUCUAGUAAAUAUGGCUCUGUAAGGUCAAUUUUUGAGACGAAAUUUUCUCAAAGACAAGGACAAAUAACACAAAACAACAACAAGAAGUGCUUACCUCGAACGUUCAAGUGUGGGUUUGAUGGGUGGCCAUCGCCGUAAGACAACAAACGAAGGGGAAAACAUACACCAACAAGACGCUACGGAGCGUACACUUCGGCGUCGUUGUUGUGGAACUAAUUAAUUGUAAAUGCGGAGGAAUAGUAAGAAAUCAAAUAUCGUAAGAGUAAGGUGUUAAUUUGUGAAAUUAUGGGAUUUGUCAGGAUAUUCUGAAAAGAGCAACAUCCAAGAGGCCUACUUGCCAAAAACUAGCAUUUCGGGACAAAUUGUCUCCGAGAUAUUAGCCCAGUUAUACUCUGAUGACUCCAUACAAAUCCUUCUAAAAAAACAAUUCUCUAUUUUUCUUAGUCACAUCAGGCUUCAAAAACAGCAUAGCAGUCUCAUGUACUGAUUAAAGAUAUGUAAGGCAUGGGUAAGGAGUCAAUUACGUUGAGCACGGAAUUGGCUAAAACUCAAAGUCACGAGUUCGAAUGUUUUGAGGAUAAUUAUUCACUGACUAUCAGCACGCAGGGAUGUCGGAUUAACACAAGGAAGUUUAAUACCAAAGGAACAUAGCCUUUACAGAGCUUUAAAACACAGCAUCCAUCAACACAAACCUGACUUGAACUUUAAGUAAAACUAAACAGCCUCUACCAAAAAUAACAAACUCUCACUUGAACUUCAGAUAUCUUACGGCUUCCGCGAACUUGUAAACACAAUACCUAAAAAUCGACCUUCGUCACACUUGACUAAACACAGCAGUCCAGCUGGUGGGAAAAAACUUAGUUCUUCAAAAGAACUCGCUUGGAACUUGUAUACCGUUUGACAUAAGGUUCUAGAAAAUACUAAACAGCAGGCGAAUAGUAGUAGCUUUUCGACAUGCUGAAAUGUAAACAUGCCCUAAUUAAUUAUUCAUGGUAAUCCAAAAACGUAGAGAACGUUCGAGAAAGUCACGCAACGCAUGAAAGCAAUUUUACUACGUAACACUCAACAAAGACAAAAUAUCUUUGUGCAGCAUUUUGUAACUUUAAAUUCAUCAUAAAACAGUUAGAAAGGAAGGCUCACUCGUAGAGAAAUUUUGCGUCUCUGCGCGGCCAUGAAAUAUCCUCUAUUUAUUCCUCGAGUAAUUAAGCUUAAAGUGUGUGAGACUAAACUCUUGAAUUUUGGAGCGGAAGAGGUCUUAAAGCGUCACGUCAUGACAAAAAAUUCCCUGGCUUCAGAGGUCUGUUCUCGAAAUUCCUAACAUGAAGAAAAAAAUUGUGCUCACGGUUAGAAAAAGCUCCCCCUUUCACGAAAGAAGAAACCUGAACCUCUGCGCGCUCAGGGUACGACAAAAAAAGAAAACGGUGAAAAAAGGUCGGUAUCGAGAAAUUAAGUUGUAGACAGCCGUGUGCGCUAGAACUUUCAGGCUUAAAACAAAUGAAGGUCAUUGAACAGAAAAUAAGAUCGCUAUAUCAUUCUACCGUAUUCCUGUGGCUUGUAAGUGUAUUCUUUCAUAUUUUUAGCUUCUUUUGAGUUUUGCCUUUGCCGCCAUUUUGUUUGUUUUUCACCAGUCUCAAGACCUCCUACCCAGAUCCUCUCACUCUUUAUCUUGGCCGCCAUUUUGAAUAAAUUUCCACUCUCCGUGGACAAAUCAGUCACGUGAUUUCUGCUGUGCCAGAAGUGAUCUCAAGAUAUCACGAAGAAGUCCGGUCUCAUUUCUUGAAAUAGUUGAAACAAGCCGAAAAGUCACGAACUUGCACGCCCAAUCUUGUCCCGAAACUAGUACAUCAUUUCAUAACAGUAGCGCAAUCGGCUAAUCCCUCAACUUAGAAUCUCCUCUGAUCUGACGGGUCACACAGGUGAGUCGGUUCAAACCCCGGGAAAGCCAAAAUAUUAAUUCUUUCUUCCUCGAAAAAGUUAAAGAAUAAAUUAAAAAAUCGAAGGGAUCUCGAGAUAUCUCGAAUUAAUUCGGCUCUCACUUCGUCAAAAAGCCGAAUAAAACCGAAAACCUACAGACUUUGCAUGCCCAAUCUUGUCAAAAAAUUUUAACUUUGAUACAUUCCUGAGCGUCGCGAAACCUUUACUUCGCGCUCCGCCGAAGUAAAAAUUAAAGUAGCACUAAAAACUCCGAAAAAGAACAACAUGCAGGCAAACAAGCCCUACAUUUCGACUGGUUUGCGCCACAUUUUCGUCAUCUUUCGUCACAAUUUUCCACUAUGAUGGAACCAGUCAACGCCAUCUUGAAGCACGAACCAGCCAAUCGGCGAUUAGAAAACAGCCCACGUGACAUAAGUUUCCUAUCCAGUCUUUCUAUUAUCCAUGCAGUGGUCAAACCAGUUGUUUGAUUUGCGCCCGCUGUCGUCAACUGAGUGGCAACUUCAAAUUUUUAAGUUUAGUUUCGUUGCACUUGUAUGAUUCACACUAGAGGAAAACGUCUAGUGUUUUGCAAACUCUUUAAGAACAUGCUGGGUGCUUGAACGCUCAUUACAAAUUAAAUAAUGUACGCAAUAAAAGAAGUUCAUGUUAGGUUUACCCCGAUGUAACCAUAUUAAAAGCUAUUUCACGGCCAUAUCGUUAUAUUGGGAGUUUCGAUAUAACGAUAUUAUUUUACUGCUCCCUUGGCAUAUCGUUAUAUCGGGGUUCCAACGUUGCGAGCUCACUUUGCAAAGUCGCUGCCAACGAACUAAGAUCACUGGGUGCGACUGACCGAUUUAAAAAAGAAAAAUUAUUUUCUCUUUCAGUUUCUUAUGCUGUAGCUUGUUAGUCCUUUUACCCGAAGACAAUAUUUUUUCCAUUAUAUAUAUCUUUUGGAAAUGCGUGCAGGGACUAGAUUGCUUUAAUUUCUUUUUGUAGGUCACCUGUAAUCAGUCUACGUAUUUUGAGAAUGAGCUCUCUUUGGACGAAGCCUUGACUAAAAGGGAGCUUGCUGUUUUCGGAAAACCUGUAGACGAGACACGGUAAGACAUUGACAGUGUAAGAAAUGAAUUGUAGGCUAAACAGUGUAGUAUUCUAUUAAACUACCUGAAGAAGAAAAUUGGUUUUAGGUCGCCUAAGAAAAUACGAGGCUAGUCGUUGUAUUACCGGGGCGUCUGUGGAAUAGAGAUGUCACCACGUAACUCUUAGGCGUACCGGCCGGGGAGGCGAGGGGGGCUGCAGCCCCCAAAUUUAGGGCAACUCAGAUUCUCAGAGUCUCCAUGUUUGUUUAAUUAUUUUGAAGACCUGAAUAUUAACCUGAAGUCAGCGUAAUAAUCCAGUUACAUUCACACGAGACAGUAAUCGCCUAACAUGUAAUCAGUAAUUUACAUAUUUAUUUUUUUGUUAUUGUUAGGCACCGUACUGCACUGCACUAGCUGGAAUAGGCUAUCCAGUCGUGAAUUGAUUAGAAUAAACUUUCGCAUAACUUUUUAGAAUCAUCUCCACUCGAAGAACAGGGUGGGUCCGAAAACGAAGGAGUGGCUGACUAAUUCUCAGUUUGAAUUACGAGAAGAAUCUUAAUUCUUUUAAAAAAUCUAUCGAGAGGUUUACAAUUAUUCGCUAAUUUGUUAAAGUAGACCGAAAUGUUUACAAAACCGCUAACAAGAGGGCCGCGAUACAUACUAAUCAAAUCCUUCUUUCUAGCAAUCGGGCAGAGCUAUCCCCACGAUCUUUCACACACGUUUUUAAAAAGAUUAAAACUACUAUGAGGUGAAAUUGCAUGUCAAAAUCGCUUCGUUUUCCACAGAUAGCGGCCAAACCUCAAAAUUUUCCUUUUCUUACCGUAUUUCUAACGGUAAAAACUUCAUCCCAAAGUAUCUCGAUAAAGCUCUUACAGAUUUUUCUUAAUAAUUUGCAAAGAUCAAGAAGACCGUAUUGGCGAAAAAAGCUCCUGUGAAUGAUCCUGUAAGGUUGCCAGUGCCGAGAAUUUUUUAAAUUUUGCUGAAGCAAAAUAGGUAGUGGCGUGAUUUCGAUGCUAUGACAAUGUUGUUUAUCGCGACGUACCUGGUAUUGACCCUGAAAAACUGUAUCGAGCCACCUUCAUACGCCAGUGCGGCCUAUGUUGUUGCAAUAUGGCCCCCGUUUCUUUUCUACUCUUUUGUAAAAAAUUUGGGUCACUUGCGAGAAUUUUUUGGGCAAAUGGUUUACGCCCCCCCCCCCCGGCAAAAAAUUUUCCGUAUGCCUAUGCACGUAACCUAUAAAAUUGUUUGCCAUAUAUUGAACAUACUUAAUUUGCAGUGAACCUAACGCGUUGAUGAGGCUCACCACCCCUUUACCUGGAAGCGGCAAGUUAGCACAUACCAAGUCCUUAGUCUUUUGGUCAAGUCCUUAGUCUCCUUAGUCUUUAUUGUCUGACGUUUACCCCUUGGUAUAUCUCGUCAUGGGCUUCUAUUACUUCAAAAAACCUCCUGGAGUAAUAACCAAAUCAAUGAACAAUCUUUUUUCUCUUGAAAUUGCUUAGUCCUUUGAGUAUGUUUUGCACUGUGGUCAUGUCUUCUUUUCGUUAAAGAGUCGCGCCAGCAGAUUCAAGUGCGUUCUUCUAUAAUCUACUUUCGGAGGUCGCAAAUUGGCCUUUGCUGAUGCAGUCGAGGCACUGCAGUGUAGUAUUCCUUGAAAUCGCAAUACGAUCAUUGUAUCGAAGAAAGUCUUCAAUGCUAUGGUCCUCGUUUUACCAGAAUGGAUGUUUUUGUGGGUUUUUGGGCAUAGAAGCAGGCAUUUUAACUCUUGCUAGGAUCUAUCCGUAAACGGUCUUCUGUGUAGCUCUUACCUCUUGUAACAGGGUCGCCGUGGCACGGUGAUUAACUGUUCUUUGACUACUUCCUUCAUGAAGAACUUGUCGCCUUGGUCUGAUGAACGAAAUGGCGCAUGGAAAAGAAGGAGGGAGCAACGCGAUGACUUAGUGUUCUAGGUCAUGUAUCCCCAGCAUAUACGCAAGAUGCAACGGAACUAGCUCUUCUCUGUCCGGCAUCCUUCUCCAGUUAACAAGAAUAACAAGGAUGUCUCGCAGCUGUAGAAUUUCAUGUAUAAGCUAACAUGUCCUCCACGCCGAUGGUGAUGAGUGCGCAAUCAUCGACAAUUAGGAAUGUUCUUUGUCACUAAGGCAAUGUUUUGAGGUGGACACCGACUAAACAGUUUUCCAUCUGAGGUAUAUCUCUGCUCUAGAGUCCUUUAAAGCUGUAGUUCAAGACUCCCUGUGGCAAAGCUGAAUGGGGUUUGUUCAAGAACGUAGCCUUCAUCACUCCGUCGGUCACAUAAUAUGGUUCUGAGACUACAAAAUCACUCUGCACUCUGGUAGUCAUGCCACUCGGCUAUGAUAGUAAUGAACUGGUGUGGGCAUCCAAACUUCACUGUAAUUUUCCCGAGACCUUCUCGUCUUGUAGUGUCAAACCCCGUAUCUUUGAAAUAUUCUUGCAACUGCCUUGCUGCGAAAUACGAAACGGUUUAGUUACUGUCCAUUGUGUCACUCAUUCAACCCAUAAUGUUUACUGAAGCUGCAUUCAAAUCCCUCUCUUGACGUUUCAGUUAGACAAAUUUUACACGGUGUAAAUUAAACCCUUGUAUUCAGCUGACCAAUAUGUCUACUAUGUACUUAUAGUCUAUGAGUUUUUGAAGUAAAUGAAAAUAUGGCGUUGGCAGUGAUGGAGCCAUUUUAUGAUUGACGUCCAAGUUGUUGCACUGGUAAUUAUAUGAUUAUUUCCUCUCAUGACUCUUAGGGAUUUUUUUUGUUUAUCACAAGGUGGGCUAUUUCACCAAUUGCUGUUAAUGCGUACUAUGAUAUGUUGGCAAACAAGAUGGGUGAGUGUCACAAAAACUUUAUCCUUAUAAAGUACGUCUUUAUUCAUAAAUUCACAAUGAACAAUUAAUUAAUUACAAGUAGUCCAUCUUUAUAGAUGUUUGACUUUAUAAUGUGCAGGGCCCGGUUCCUCAAAGGCCGAUUAGAGUUAAUCUAACGGCUCCGUGUGCAACGACUCGGCAUUAGCCUGCGUAGCAGUCGUCGAAAGGGGUAGGGACCGUAGACUAGAAAACUGGGUCGGGUUUUUCAAAACUCGGCGAGGAUAACCCAGGGUUAUUGUUAUUAUAGAUAACAAUUAUUCACCGAAGUGGAGGUGGCUAGUGGUAAUAUUUACCGAGACCGCGAAGCGGCGACAUAAAUACCACCACUAGCCACCGACACUGAGGUAAAUAAUUGUUUUAGUAUAUACUAAAACGGUGAGAUUUUAACUCAUUUACUGUUGGCCAACGAUUAUAAUUUUGGCGCGCAAUGACCGAACGGACGCGGUCGUCGCUUUUUCUUGCCGACAAAUGAAACUUUUGAAGGCAUUUGUUUAGCUCUUGCGGGGAAUUUGGAGUUGUGAAUUCUUUUUGUAUUUAAAAUCACUCAUGCAUCGGUAAACUAAAAACUUUUUCACCGGUUCAAGUCAAAAGGACUUUACCUGUUAAAACUUCCAAACCGAACUUCGUCACCUUCUUUGUGUAUUUCGGGAGCAGCUUGCUUGAUUAGUUGCGAAAUUUUCUUUUUUGUUACGGCAGCAAACCGGGAAGGCAUUUUGCUCGCAUGUUACUCGAGUUUUGGCGUCGCUCGCCCGGAGGAACGGGAGGUGAAUCAGUGAAUAGUUAACAAUUAUUCUUUGAAAUCGAGGUGAAUAGUGGCAAAAUAUUUACCGAGCCGCGAAAGCGGCGAGGUAAAUAUUCUUAAAGCCACUAUUCACCGAGAUUGAAAAGAAUAAUUGUCUUACUAUACACACACGAAGUGAUCUCGACAAUAUCAAAAAGAAAACCAUUUAAAGGCAAUUUAUAGACAUGUCAAUUCAUGCCUGAUGAAUGCACAGUGCACGCGCAAGAGUUAUUUACAGAAAGUUAAAAUGUGGUAAAUCUCUGCUCGAGCUUUUUUUUCCACAAAAUGUUUUCAAAAUGCUCAAAAUGAGCCUCACGGAAAGCCUAAAUUAAUAGUCUGAACUGAAAAAAACAUCCAAAAUCCUCUUUUAAAGUUUACUGAAAGUGGAAAUUGAACGAGCAGUUGGAGAAGGAGCCACCAGAAAUGAUGCCACGUGCAGCGUUAGUCGACAUGUUUUCUUAAACGAAAAUGUUAUCCUGGUUCAUCCAUUUGUGGAUGUGCUUGAGUGAAUUGCUUUGGAUACUGUCUCCAAGGGAGAACGAUUCACUUCUGCUAGCGGGUUAAUGGCGACUUGAUGGUCAGGUCUGCAGAGGUUAAUGAAAUCUGUAAUCGCCGAAGACAUAUCCUUGAACUGCUCGAACGUUGGACAAUCGUUGUAGGAUCCCAAACUUGCAUCGCUUUUGUGGCCCUUGACUGCUCUGAUGUGGCGAUUUUUCAUGUCUUUAGAAGACAAAAUAUUUACGGUGGUCGACCUGACGCAGUGAUUUGUGAAAGGAGGAUCGAUACCAGCUCGGAGGCACAUAUUCUUCAUCAUGCUGUCGAUCGUGUUAUGGCCUAGAGGAAGUGUUGAAUACCAAAUGACAUAAGAAGACGGUUUAAAUUUAGGACCAGUUGAAGGCUUCUGAAAGAGUGCUUCACAUUUUGGAUUUAAAUGGGACAGGUAAGCCUUCACUACUGCUACUGGACAGAUAGCAAGCCCUUUGCCCUCGAACAUUUUACCAUCAGAUGGGUCGUCGGUGCCAUCUAGACCACCUUGGUGAUUUUUGGUUGAAAAGACUCCUCCUUACGUUUCUCUGUUAAGCUUAAAAUAUUCCAGGCCGGAAUUUGGGUUUUGGAGAGCUUUAGGCUUGAUUUUGUCAAUUGACGCUGGUUUUCCCUUCCUCUUCGACCAAAGUAGAGGGUUAUAAAAAACCAGGCUGUUUGUUGUAGCUUUUGUGGAUCGAGGCAUCUUGCAUCUACUAGUUCGCCGGCUUCGUACAGCUUUGAAACUGCUUCGGUUGUUAGUGUGGGUUUGUGGACUGUAGAACAAAUUUGACCUGACUUGCUCAGAGUUUUCAGAAACGAAUUUAGAGCUUUGUUCGCUUCCGUGAACUGGCUGUCGCUGAUUAUCGAAAAUGGCUUGUUGUGUGGCUCGUUGCGCAAGUGCCGAUCAAUAAUACGGCGGCUCUGAUCGAGGUAAGCGUUGCUUUAUUGUAGUAACCUCCGUCCUCUUUUCCUCCAGACAUAUAAAAUUUCCGCAAGCAUUUAUUUAACUCCUCGUUGUUCAUCUCUUCUAUAUCUGUGGUAAAUUCUUCUUGCUGGGAAAACCAAUCUACAAAUAAUUUACUCAUAUUGUAACAAAUGUUUGAUGCGAAGAGUUAUGAAUGUCACUCAAGCUUAUUGGCAGUUGUCAGCAAAAUAAAACCCCAAACACUUUUUAACACUUUGGAGUCUUCUCUUACCUUUAAAAACUUUCAGUCCAUACUUAGUUGCCUUUUUUGUAUUCUCAGGCAAAGCCUCGUCUUGUAUUUGUAAAAUUUCUGCUUCUGAAACUUUAGCGAAACGCGAGUUUACGCCCGCCAUUUCGUUUUUGUUUUCAAGAUCACGAAUUACGCAUUAUCCAUUCGCUCGGAGGUGAAUAUUGUUGAAUAGGCCGAGAUAGCGAACCAAUCAGAUUGCUUAAAACACUAAGAACACUGAGUGCGUAUAUACUAAUGCAGGAUAUUCACUGAUCGAGCAGCCAAUCAGAGAGCACGGAAAACACUAUCUACUGUUUUAGUAUAUACUAACUAAUAUUAUCCGAAAAAAUGCUUUUGGAUAAAAGAAAACGAAACCGGGAUUAAUUGUUAACCCAUGGUUAGCGCUAAUCGACCUUCGAAAAACUGGGCCCUGGGCUUCAAAUUUCGCUUAACCUUGGGAUCAGCCUAACCUUUCUCGAGUAACUUGGUCCAGAUAGAUAAUAUAUCGAUUCAACCAAGGCUUAAAGCGGAACACAAUUAACCUAUUAACUCACAGCAAAAAGCUUUUCCCACUCGAACAUCCUUAAGUUUUUAAAUGGAAAUUUACAGAAUGUAAUUUAAAAAAAUUUUAUUUUUAGCAUCAAUCAGUCAGUAGUAUCAAUCAGUCGUUAGAUCUGCAUUAUGACAAAUACAAAACUAGUGGGACAAAAUUCAAGCUUUGUGCCUUUCUAAAUGAAACAAUUCAGAAAACAAAGCCUUAAGAGUGAAAAACAAAACAAAUGAUUAAAAACAGGACCUGAACAAUCGAUGAAAAUCGAUGAUCGGAAAAUCGGUUGAUUAAUUACUGUUGAUUAGCAUCGAUUGGCAUCGGCCAAUCGGUGAUCAAUCGAUAAUUACACUUAGGUGAUUGCGAACUUCAUCGAUUGCCAUCGAUUGGCACUAAAUUCACGUCUCCGUAUCUUCAGGUAUCGCGGGAGUGUACGCAGAUCGUAUAUUAUUUUUAAACGUCAGUAGCAAAGUUUGAGAAUUGCCAGCUGUUUUGUUGAAGCAUAACAGUGGGGCUGAUUUUCUUACACACAAAUCCGUAGUACGUUUCUAUGAAUUUUAAACUUGCGCGAAACGUGUGAGCAAAUAAACAAGUUUACACAUUCCUACUCGCUAGUUUUUAUUCAAAUAAAAAGCAAUGAUAUCAAAUGUGUAACUUUAUUAGUACUCGAUGAAAUUGACAAUUGAAAUGUUUGACUGAAUAGGUAAUCGAUUGAUAUUGCAAAUUGAUAACAAUCUAUUAUGUUAAUUGAUCGAUUCCCAUCGAUUAUCGAUUGAUAUUGAUAAUCGAUGAUAAUCAAUAAUCACAAAAAUUUUCCUGAUCGAUUGUCCAUCGAUUAUCAAUAUCAAUCGAUUAAUUGAUAUCGAUUGUCAUCGAUUGCAAUCGAUUGCCAUCGAUUAUCGAUUUCAUCAAUUGUUCAGGUCCUGUUAAAAAAGGAGAACAUUUAAGGUGGCUCGACUGGAUUUUUUGGGGUUGAUACCUCCCAACUUUGAGCAUUAAUUACGUCGGCAUGAGUAAAGAUAUGGAAAAAAGGUUACCACAACUGUAUUAUAUAAAGAUAAAAAUUUCUUAUGAUCUGGGUUUUAUUGCAAUCGGAGUCGCCAUGGCAACGUAAUGACGCCAUUACGUUUUUCAUUUAUCUUUGUGUUUCUCUGUUCCAGGAGUUUUUUGAAGAAAUCGCUUGAGGGAGUAUGUACCUGCUAUAAUUGCCUCCAUUAUGGCAAAGUUUGAACAAAUUCUAUGAGAGCGUUUUCGAAAUAUUUUGAAAUGUAGUUUUAAGAUUAAUAAAAACAGUGAAAUAGCAUGCUACCUACACAAUUCGCUAAUAUUUUAAGAAAAUGGUAAGCUUUGGGAACGAGGCUUCAUCUCAUAGUGGUUUGAUUCCAUUGAAAACUGCAUACGAAAAAAGACGGGAAUUGCUCUGGGCGAUCGCGAGUAAGAAGAAUUUUAUUAACUUGCAUUUAGCUGCUUUUGAUACAGUUUUUGGACGUAAUUUGGUCCAUGCCUAAAAAUUUCGCAUUUUUCCAAAAACCGCUCGAUAAUUUUUUUUAUAAAUUCGACAAUCCCGAGAUCAAUCGCCAAGAAAUAUUCCCUGCAAGUUUUCAGAACAUUGAAAAUAGGGAAGGCUUUUAAAUAGGGCCUCAAAUAUAGGCAAUUUCCCCCCAGAUUUUGUGUUUACGAGUGAGCGUCCUCAUUAUUCACUGGCAUUGUUUUCAAGUUUCAUAUACACGUGCACAUUUAGCAAAAAGAUAGAAUUUGCAUCAAAAAGGAAACAAUGCCAGUGAAUAAUGAGGACGCUCACUUGUAAACACAAAAUCUGGGGGGAAAAUUGGUUAUAUUUGAGGCCCUAUUUAAAAGCCUUCCCUAUUUUCAAUGUUCUUUAAACUUGCAGGGAAUAAUUCUUGACGAUUGAUCUCGGGAUUGUCGAAUUUAUAAAAAAAUUUAUCGAGCAGUUUUUGGAAAAAUGCGAAAUUUUUGGGCAUAGACCAAAUUACGUCCAAAAACUGUAUCAAAAGCAGCUGAAUGCAAGUUAAUAAAAUUCUUCUUACUGGAGAUCGCCCAGAGCAAUUCCCCUCUUUUUUUGUAUGCAGUUUCCAAUGGAAUCAAAUCACUGUGAGAUGAAGCCUCGUUCCCAAAGCUUAUCAUUUUCUUAAAAUAUUAGGGAAUUGUGUAGGUAGCAUGCUAUUUCACUGUUUUUAUUAUUCUUAAAACUGCAUUUCAAAAUAUUUCGAAAACGCUCUCAUAGAAUUUGUUCAAACUACGCCAUAAUGGAGGCAAUUAUAGCAGGUACAUACUCCCUCAAGCGAUUUCUUCAAAAAACUCCUGGAACAGAGAAACACAAAGAUAAAUGAAAAACGUAAUGGCGUCAUUACGUUGCCAUGGCGACUCCGAUUGCAAUAAAACCCAGAUCAUAAGAAAUUUUCAUCUUUAUGUAAUACAGUUGUGGUAACCUUUUUUCCAUAUCUUUACUCAUGCCGACGUAAUUAACGCUCAAAGUUGGGAGGUAUCAACCCCCAAAAACCCAGUCGAGCCACCUUAAAAUCUCAAAAUCACAGUGUAAACUGAAAAGCAAAUUGCAGUACUUACAAUGAAGGUUAAUUGCAUAAGGGCAGCCACGUUUAACAACAACAAACUUUUAUUGACUGUACAGUUUAACUAAUUCUAUUAAAAGCCCAUUGCCAUCCUUGAUACAUUGCGCGCAGUGGACAAAAAAAAUCCCGCGAAUUUCUUAUUACACGAAAUUACUGAUAGUUGUGAAAGGCUUAUUGUUAUGUUACAACGGUUAUUCAGCGCUGUUACCAGACCACACGCGCACCCAUGCCAUGUGCUUUUUGAGUGUUCUGAGAUAUCGCCAUGUUUGUUGAUUAAACUAUUGGACUGUUGCGAUAUAGAACCAGUCUAUUCUCUGUCGUGAGACACAACACUUACCGUAUUUAUUCGAUUAACCACCCUGGGCGCUUAUUAAAUUUUUGGACCUUGAGAGUGGGCGCUUAUUCGAGGUGGGCGCUUAUUCGAAUAAAUACGGUAUUUCAAAGAUUUUGUGUCGGUUCGAACGGCUCAGGCUAUCCGUUCGAAGCAAAUUGUCAUCCGUUCGAACCGCUCUGGCUCUCUGCUCGAAAAAAAAUUGUCAUCCGUUCGAGCGGCUCGAGUUAUCCGUUCAAAACAAUACGCUGAUUCAGGAAAAAACUAGAAAUUGGGUGGAAGCGAGGCCAAAGGGCCCUUGGCGGCUUCUGCCGGUAAAAACAAAUGCGUUCUCGAAAAUGUUUUGGGCUUUUAUUCGAUCUCCUAAUCAAAAUGGGACAUUACACCAAGAUCCUUGCAAGCGAAAUAAAACGAAAACUAAUCAUAAGACAGUGCUGCUGCCAUGUGCAACAACCUCAGUGGAAAUAGGCCGGAUCAUACCUACCAUAAAUUUCCGUCCGAUCCUGAAACAAGAGUAGAAGAUGAGAAAUUCUCCUGAUCAUGCGAAGAGGAGAUCAGAAGUUUAAAAGCGUUGAGAAUAAGUAUUGUUGUUUAGAGCAUUUCGCACCAAACGAUUACAGAAUAAGUGUCACCGAAAGGACUUUAAAAAAGGAGCCAUGCCCUCCACUUUUCCUGGGUCUUCAGCCGAAUCACAUGUUAGAGAAGAACGUCUAAGGUUGCGGACACAAGCAAAAAUAUCGCAUAAGGAAAGAAAAUGUCAGAAGAAUCGCCAUUGAGCGAUGAAGUGCAAGAUUCUGUUAAUUUUAUAGGUCCUCCAAAGAUCGAAUAAUUUGCUGAAGCGGAAUGUUUAGAAGUAGAAAUCCUAAAAAGGAACUUUCUAAAGCAAAAGAGAAAGAGUACGUUUUCACCUUUGGUCUUGAACGCUUCCCAAAAACCCGAUGAUAUUCACUUGUACACUGGGUUUCCAGGUUAUGAAACACUUAUAGCAUUUUGGAAGUAUAUAGAUUAAGUAUAUAGAACCAAGCGCAUCCCAUCUAACUUACAGUGUGAGAGAUGCCACUCAAGUAAAUACCGAUGAGGUUUUUCCAUUCUUAAAGACCCCUGGAAAAAAAAUCCCUGGCAGGAAUGUAGUGCACAGCGAAGUCGUCAGCCUAAAGAUGAAUUUUGGCUGUCUUAGCUUGACUUAGACUUGGUCUUUUUGAGCGUGAUUUGGCUUUCAGGUUUAACAUAUUUAUAUCCACAGUUUUUGAUAUCAUGAUUACCUAUAGUAAUUAUCUGUUUGUAAUGCUGGGAAGCUUUCCAGUGUGGGUGUCAAAAGAUGUCAUAAAGCAACAUCUCCCUACAGCCUUUCAAGGAAAAUUUGAAAAUGUACGCUGCAUCAUUGACUGCACUGAGAUUAAGUACGAGAAACCGGGAGAUCUCCAAAAACAGAGUGAGUUUUAUUCAGUCAAAGGACUGAUUGGUAUUUCACCUAAUGUUUGGGUUACGUUUGUCAGUAGCCUUUUUGGGGGCAGCAUUUCAGAUCGGCGAAUCAUAGAAAAAACUCAUUUUGUUGACUUGCUGGAACAGGGUGAUCUUGUUAUGGCUGACCGUGGAUUUGACAUACAAGACUUGAUGGCAGCAAAACCCGCUAAGAUAUUUAUACCACCCAAAAGGCAGUCAGACUGUUUUGAAACAAUGAGAAUAGUAAAUGUAAGAAUCCACUUAGAAAGGGCCAUCAGACGUGUAAAAGGUGGCACAUAUUUGGCCAAGUACUCCCCCUAAGCAUGGCUGGGGUUGUGAAUCAAGUCUGGACAGUGUGUUGUUUAUUUACUAACUGGCAAGCACCUGCUCUGACCCUUUGUGUACAAUAAUCAAAUAAUGAUCACAAAGUAAAGAAAGAAAUAAGAUGACAACUAUAAUUACUAGUGGUGUAUUUUUUUAGAGUUAGAAAUAAACUUGGAAAGUUAUUUUUCUUUGCUGCAAAUUAAUAUAUGUUAUUCACCGGCUGGGAGGUCCGUAUUGGGAGAAACUGUGCCCGAGGUCUUGAAUGCGGCCGAGGGCGGUACUCAGACCGAGGGCUCAGUUUCUCCCAAUACGGACCGACCUAGGCCGGUGAAUAACAUUUUUCUUUUUUUCCUACUGAGAUUUAAGAGUUUCAGGAAAAUUUUACUUCAGCCUCCAACCUAUGAGUGUUGAAGAAGGGCGCGUUCGUGUUGAUGUUAGUGAGCUUACGAACCGACGACUUUCGCACGACGCCGCCGUUGGGUCACGUCAUAGUUCUGCGUUGCCGUCCUGUAGAAUUUGAAUUUACGAUUCGUAGUAAAGACAACGACGUUGGUGCGCGAAGCUGGCAAAUUUUCUUGCCGUUUCUGAAGUUUUGUUUCUUCUUUUCACAAGUAAGCUUGUUUGUUCAACCAAUAUGUCUAAACUCAUAAGAGAAGCGAGAACUCGUAUUGCAGACGCUUAUGGAAACAGAUUUAUAAAGGACCGAGUAUUUCACUGUAUUUGUACUUUUAUGCGUUUCGUCAACAAACUCAGAGUUAACUACGGAUUUAGACGAGACAACAAAGGACGAAUGCAAGGCUCGUUUAUAUACAGGGAGGGCAUUUAUAAACUUGCUGAACAGCUGUAGUUACUGUGAUGAGAUAACCACUUGCAAUGGUCUAGUCGUAACUUUGGUACCAUCUUGCCAAUAUGGUUUCACUCGGUGUUAAUAUAUGUUUGUCUACAGCUAGCUAUGGUGUUGAUUCUUCGGGUCGUUACUCCAAUGAAAACAGACAAACAAAUCGAAAACAUAUGUAAAGAACAUGUACCUAAUGUUAUACUUGAAUUAUCUGGAAAAAUCCGCUGAAGUAUGCAGGGAAAACUUUGAAAAUUAGUCUUGCGUCCUGCGUUUUCUAGGACGCCAGCGAAUCGCUGUCAACAACGGCUUCGACUUUGGCGCGACGCCGGCAAGUGCCCAGAUAAGCAUGCGCAGUAAGCCUCUCACGCAGUCCAACGGCGUCGUCGUGCGAUAGUCUUCAAUUCGUAAGCUCCCUGUUAUUCAAACUGAGCGCACGAUCGAUUGCAAACCAAGACAAAACAUUACAACAUGAUUUUUAACUUGUAAUUUAUAUUAUUACUAUUAAGCUCUCUUUAGAAUAAAGAAAGGUUUUUGUGUCUUGGUAGGCAAGUCAUAAUCUGAGUGUCAAACCAGGAUAAAAGAAUUGACGAACUUAAAAGCCACAGGAAAGGAAAUAGAUCAAAGAUUUUCUUCGGCUGAAUAUUUACUUUAAGAUUAAUUCAAUCGAGCGGGAUAAAAACUGCACAAAAGCUUUAUAAAAAGAGCUAAUUACACAUACCAAUCUUAGGGUUUUGAAGUGAAUUCGAAUAAAAGAAGGCGAUGUGCGUGACUAAACAAUUAUAUAAACAGAAAUAAAAACAGCAAUAACUGACUGCUGGCAAAGUUGUUCGUGUUGUUUAUUCAAGAUUGAAAGCUACAUGCAACGUUGACAACAACCUUUUCUUAAAAGUAGAAAACUAGCGAGGCAAAAUUCAAUGAAAAACGGCAGAAUCUAGAUUCAGACAACAAAAAUGGGAAACAAACCUACAAACAGACGAAAAAUGUCGAAUAAACGGUGCAUAAGAGAAAGAUUGCAGUACUUUCAGCGUAGUUAUAAAGCUACUGAAGCGACAUCGCGAGCCGCCUGUUUUGCUUUACUUUAGCGGUUUUCCUAGCUGACUUGCUUGAUUUUCCCUUCAGAUGUUUUGUCUGAAUAACAAAAUCCUCUUUUCCCUAACUAACGUUGAUAAUAACGCAAGUUUUAAAAGAAAAAUGGUUAAAAAUCACCGGUUAUGCUCAUUCACAAACAACAAACAAACUUGUGAAUGAAGCUGUCAACGAUUCCGCCCGGGUUAGCGGGCAAGAUCGUAAAAAACUGCCCUCUCUCGGAACCAAUCAGAUUGCAGGAUUUGGAGGAUUCUGCCCGCUCGCAAGCUUAGAACAAAAUAAAAUUUUAUAUUGUGGUCUCUUAAGUUACAAUUAAAUGAAUAUUUUUUUUUCAAAUUUCUGCUUUUGAGUUGUCAAGUCAGAAUUGUUCCUUUUUGGGGGAAGAGGGGAAUGGAUGGAAGGUAUAAUAUCACACACAAUAAACAGUCUGUAAGCAUUUAAUUUGUUACAGGUUGUAACAUCAUAAAUCAUAAUAGGAGAUUCUACGCAAGCACGAUCAGUUUGAAAAAAAACCUGUGGUAAUAAAAACACGACUUUCUUGAUUAGCAAUUCAAAAGUCAUUCCUAUCUCGGCCAAACUUAAGGCUGGGGUAUGCUAAUUCGUGUAAAAUGUAUUGGUCAAAAAAGUUCUCAAGGUGUACUAACUUUUCCUUCCAUCAUGCCAUAUUUGAAGGUACUCGUUGCGGGUGCAAUUCUUUUUUGCCCCCUCGAACUACAAAAUCACACCAAGUUCUCUCUGCAACAAAUGCUUGUUGUUGAAUUUGGUAGUAACACUGAUGGCUCUUGUUAAUGAUGCUAUCUUUGUUACAAAUCCCUUGUCUUAUUAAGGCCAUCUUCAGAUUUUCAUUUUCUUAAAUUUUUAUGUUCUUCACCUCAACCAGCCCAAGGGGUUCUCACAGCUUUGAUCAGUGACAAGUCCAUCAGGUGACGCUCCUAAAAACCCAUGGCUUUUAAAAACCAAAAAAGCCACAAGACUGGACUUGAAGGUUGGCAAUCAGCUUUUAAGGCAAAUCUGCAGACAACCAUAUUGAGAGUUGUUAUUUGUCAGAAACUCUUUCAUGACAACCGAGACUAUAAAGAAUUAGUAUAUACACGCUCAGUGAUCUUGGUAAUUCAAGCAAUCUGAUUGGUUAGCUAUCUAGGACUAUGACGUUAUAUUCACCGCGCUAGGCGGUGAAUAUAAAGCAGAACAAAAUCGCUGUCGUGAACUGGGCGUUUUGCCAAAGUUUCCUAGUAAAGCCUUUUUGAAAAUACACGAAUUACCAAGUGCUGAUGACUUUCAAGGCAAGAAAAGACUUCAUGGUGUUUAAACAGCGUGAUUUAUUGUGAAGUGGUUUACUGUAGCUGACUUUUUGUGCGCUCGAAAAUUUGUUUACCACUACAGAGGAAAACGAGAUCGCUUUGUCACUGUUUUGUGAUUUUGGGAUUUUCCCGCAAGACCAAUUUUGCCUAUAAAUAGAAGUUAAUUAAUGGAGAAAAGAGGAAGGCAAAUAUUUUCAAAAAUUGUACGUGCCAGCAAGUUAACAAGGCAAAGAACACUGGAUGACAGCAUUUGCAAGAAGCCACAAAGAAAACUUUCUCAUUCACGGUGAGUUGACAGAAACAAAUAAAGCUCUACUUUUCUUCUCAGAAGUGGGUAGUAAUUUAAAUUUUCGGCGUUUUUUUUUAAACCGUCGAUGCUAAAACUUACAAAACUCGAUACAAAAAGAUUAAAACUAUCAUUUGCCGUGUUUGAAGAUACUGUAAAGUCUGUAAAGAUCUAACUUUUGCGCAUCCACUGUUUACGGCUUCGUGUUCACGCAUGAAUUCACCUGUCAAUCAAACUAAUCGUUUUUUAAUGGUUUCCUUUCUGAUUCUGUUGAGAUCACUUCGUGUGAAUAUACUAAAACAAUUAUCGAACUGCAUGAAAACGAUAGGUUGACCACAACCUGACCAGAACAGACAACGAAUAGCUUUUAAGAGAAAACCACCCACUAUAAAACCCAUCACUAUAGGAAGGCCUUAUUCAACUAUGACGGAUAGAGAUGAUCAAUAGACAAUAAUAUAUAAUUGGCCGACACGAAAACGCAUUGUAGCACGAGGCAAAAAUAUUUAUACGUUUCAAGAUUCUUUCCAUUUAAUUUUUUAUCAUUCUUCAACCUAAUAAAAAAGGAAUUAGUUCGUUUGCAUUUUGCAUUUUGUGUUCAUUUUUCGAGGGAGAAAUCUACGCAUUUUAUAAACUGGGCGUGCUAGGCAGGCCAGUUAAUUACGCUCUUCUAGAACUCCGCGGUUGACUUCAACUGAUGUCUUUCCCCUUUUCGGCUCCUUCAUCUUAAAGGCUAACUCUUUCGUGUGUUGUUAGUUAAGUUGUUGUUGUUACAGUUUAAGAAACGGUCGCUGCUCGGUUGAAAAUUUGGCUUUGUUUGUCAAAGUCUUCUCUGCUAAACAAAUUCACCAUUCAUGAUCUCGACGGACAAAAUUAACGCCAGGAUGUUUAAUCACUUACACCAAUACUAAACACUGGAUUUCCAGCCAAGGAACAGAAAGGAGUAUGUGAUAAUCCCUCUUUCCCCAGUUUCUGCUCGGCAAAACUCGACUAUAUUUCAUUUUUGCAAGCCGCUUCUACUUGCUUGGAUAUCAUAUGAAACACACCAACAAGUAUUUGACGAUUCACAUGAUUUUCUGUUUGAUUUGUUUCAGUGUUCCCGGCUGCUAUCCUCCAGUCGCCAUUUUACAACACCCGUUAUCCUUGGUAGGUUAUUCUUUUAAUUGAUAUGUGUUAAAAGUUCUUAAGCGAAAGAAAGCCUCAGUUUGUGUUUUUUUUUUUUUUUUUUUUUUUUACUACAGGGCGGUAUUGUAUGGAGGAGUGGGCUCUAUUAUGGGCCACGAACUGACGCAUGGAUUUGAUGUUCAAGGUAGGUACUAUCAGCAGGACACAUUUCUCAUUUAUUUCUUAACAGCCCAUUCCCUAAUUAGACCCAGUUCUGCUGAAACACUGAGCACCUUCAAAAAUGGACUCUGAUAUUUUCAGAUGGUUUCUCAAUAAAUUCAGGCCUGACAAACACCUUCCCUACGUACGUCUCCAAGACAAGGACUGUUCAGUGGCCGUACGUGCCAUGUUUCAAGCCUAGUUGAGUUUGGGGAAAAUGCAUUGCUUUGCCCCUUUACAGGAUUUUUCCACCACUGAGCUUUUCCACCUAAGAAACUAUUAAAACAAAAUUGUCUAAAAUGUUGAAAGCACUUCAGUUAUCUACAGCUCCCCAGACACCUGCGAGAUGAGAUUUAAACGUUAAUAAGAUGUUUAUCAAUAAGACUUUUCAAAUGUCUGAUUGGCAAAAGCAAUGGCAGAAAUGGGAAGGAUCAGCUUCUCAACCCCGAGGAAGUUUGUAGUUACUCUGGAAAACAUAAAAGCAGAGGUUGGCGUAAACCUGAUCUUGCAGUCUCUGUCUGUCAGCAGAAGAGAAGAAAGUGAUACAUUAAUGUCUGCUUAAUAUUUGCGAGUGUGUUUUUGUCAUUACAACCACCUUCUCGUUACAAUGUAAACUUGUGAUUGCAAGCUCUCGGCGGCAACGCUCAUAAUUUACCAAGGGUCGACAUAUCAGUCCUUUCGGAAAGACUAGAAAGGUUAUCAAGUAUGUAAAGGGGGUAGUAGCUUAACGAGCCAAGUAUGUUUCCAAGCGUUUUCCUACGAUAGCGUUUAUUGCAGGAAAUCACCAUGGUUUCUCUGAGUUACUGUGGCACUACGAUUCGUUUACGGAGAUCUAGCAUUGAGUUCAAGAAUGAUAUCGUAAAGUGCAGACAUGGUUCGUGGAAUUUAUUAUAAUAUUUUCAAUCCUAUACACUAAAUGGUAUUCUUCUGAAGGAUUUGUCACGAGCGCUGCCUCUGGGUAUCUUAUUAGGGCUACUUGUACCUCUUUCAUUUUUCCGACACCGGGGAACUCGAUCAGGUCAGCGUACUCCUCCAGUGAUUUUCCUAUGGGUGUUUCCUUUGCUAGAACUGCGUUCACAACUCUCAAAUUCGUGGUGCUCUUUAAGUCUAUCAAUCGUUCAGUGUUACAGUUUCCCUUUUUUGGCUUGGAACGUCAGUGCAGCAUUUUGACGCCGACAAUUGUAUUAAAUAUUCCAGUUACUUUUAAAGGACCGACGGGCUUUUAAAUCUUUAAUAUGAAAAAUCAUCAUAUGCUCUUCAUCUUACCUAACCUUUGAAAAAUGAACUCGUCCGUAACGUUAACCGUGGCCACAGCUGAAAACGCCGUUUUCUUGUUCUUAUCCUCUCCUUAACUUUUACAUUUAUCACCGCCUAAGUUUCGCGUUUCUUUAACGUAAUUUCUGAAACGCGGCCAAGCCAAAGUUGGUCUGAUUCAGGAUCAAACGGUCCAUAGUUAAGAUACCACUGCCAAAAACUCAUCUCUGUCGCCAAGUCCUGUGAACAAUGUACAAGUUCCAUCUUUACUCCCACUAGCCGUUAUGGUUUUCUCUUUGUUUGUCUUCCUGUACAUUGCAAAUAAUGAACACCUAAAAGAGUUCUCAUUUGCCUGCACCCUACUGGCCUUUAAACACAAAAUAAAAAUGUUGUAUAAUUUUAUUUACAGGAAGGCGAUUUGACGUAAAUGGAGAUGAACGAAACUGGUGGAGCGUAGACACGUUAAAGGCGUUUGAAAAGAAAACAACCUGCUUGAAGGAACAGUACUCCAAUUUUACUUUUGAUGGAGAAACGGUAUGGAAAUACCUUGAGUUUGCUUCCGCAGAUAACAAUUCACUUUGUUUGAAUGUUUGACAAAAUGGGCACUGAUAUCAUUUAUCAGAUUGAGGGCGAGCAAACGUUAUCAGAGAAUAUAGCAGACAAUGGAGGCAUCAGACAGGCAUUCAGGGUGAGUUACAAAACAUUUUCUCGUUAAACUCGGGUUCACUAGAUCUAAUGUCUUUGGAUAUAUCUCAGCGCUUAAGCUUUUAGCCCAGUCCCUGUACGACGUCUUUCCUGGCCUGCUCGGUCAAUGCAUUUCGUUGACGAAUCCGAGACGAAAGGCUGGAACACGCCUAGACAAUCUCGGAGUGCACAUGCUUGUGUUUUCCCCGCCUGAGUAAGCCUUUCGUGGUGGCUAAGGUCUCGAGGCUCGCUCUCAACCUCCUCUGCAAGAAUUUUCUCUAUAUUUCAAAAAGGAUAGUCACGAAAGUAUAAAAUUAGGUUUAUAGAAAGACUCUUCUGGGUUAUGGUAAGGUUAGUAAGAUAACUGGUUUUAAUACUGCAUCUAUUUUAUUGUAAAAGAAGCGUUGGUAGUUGGCUUACUUUAAAGGCGCUCUGAAGGAGGGAGUAUCUUCGAUUUUUUUAAUGUUUUUUUUGAGGUUGUUUUUAGAAAUAUCUGAUUUAUCUUGUAACGGCUGGCGUUCGCAGCCUACGGCUAGUGUAAUAGCUUAAUAUCCCAAAUGUUUGAAUCGGCCCAGGAUUUUAUGUCUGUCUAUGUGGCAACGGAUAUAAAGAGCAGGUUGUUUUUCCGCGGUCUUAAUAAAACAGGUAAGCGCGCUUGCAUUGUUAAACACAAGGCAGGACGUGGAUAACAUUCAAGGUCUAUGCCUCGAAACUCUUUCUCAAAUAUCUCGGUGGAUGGCUUGAAAACUCUGCAAAAGAUUUUGAGGUCCGGAAGGCUCUGGCAUGGUCAGCUUGUCACGGGUUGAGGAGAAUAUGGAAAUCAAAUUUAAGAAGAAGCAUCAAGGAGCGGCUUUUCAUGGCCUCUGUAGAGUCUAUCCUGCUUUAUGGAAGCGAGACAUGGACAGUUACGAAAACUAUGGAGAAGAAACUAGAUGGAUGUGAUACCAAAAUUUAACAUGUCUUGGCCAGAUAAAUUGACCAACAAGGAAUUAUAUGGUAAUUUACCACCAGUGCAAUCAAAAGUGGGCUUCAGAAGGUUGAAGCUAGCCGGUCAUAGUGUUAGACACCCGGAGGAGGAAGCAUCUAAACUAGUUCUUUGGCAGCAAAAGAAUGGACGCAUGAACAUGGGAAGACCAUAAAAGGAUAGUUUAAAUGAUAAUUUAAAGGAAGGAUAAUUAAAGGAUAAUUUAACCUCGGUUGGUAACGUCUGACAAGCAGCGCCGAGAUCCUUGUUCUGGGCCCCCAACGGACUCAACGAAUUACUGGAAAUGCGCUUCUAAUUUCUUUUCAUCCUGAUUGGCAAAUCGACAAUGGCUUUCUUAAGAGGCCAAUCAGGUGGGGACUCAAAACAAGGAUUUCGGCGCUGUUUCGCAGGCGGACUUGAGGGGAGAUUACAGUUGAAUUUUGGGGGAAUUGCGGUAUAGAGGAGAGUAUACACGUAAACCAGUAAGUCCGCUAAUUGGCUCAGGGCCACCUUGUCGUGGUGACGUACUGUCUGGUCUUUAUAUUAAUUAUUCACCUCAAAUUUUAGUUUUUAACUACCCUUAAAUCCAAUAUUUUUUAGUUUUUCCAUAACUUUGAACAUUUGCCCUUCAAACUUUUAUUGACUACAAAUAUUUUAAUAAUCACCAAAAAAUUCUCAAAAACUCAUCGUUGUGAGGACUUCAGGGAGUGAUUUAUUUUAAAAAUCGAAUGACAUUUUGACGAGAUUUUCAAGGAAAAGUGCUCACGUAUAAUACAAACUAGGCGUUUAACUGUAAUCACCCCCUUUCAACUGUGGCGCAGGCUACUUGCUCAACUGUUACAGUAAAGGAUACAAUGGCCUCAGAAGAGUUUAUCCUAAUCCCACACAUCUCCACCAAAGCCAAAGUGUAUGGCGGGGAGUGGGUUUGAUAUAAAGAAGAUGUAUCCGGUACUCGCAGUGAACAUUGACUCAAAAUCUAAAAUCAUAUUUAGGCUGGACAUAGGCUAUUAUCUGGUAUACCAAAAGCAAGAGUAACAGCCUCACAAAACAUGUAGCCACUGAUGACCAACAAAACUGACCUUGAACGGCUCACAUUUUGAAAAUAAACUAAUACCGUAUAUUUAAAAAUGAUGACAUCAUUUUUAAUUAUCACUUAAGCCCCAUUUACACGACACUCAUUUUGGGUUCGGCACUCCUAAAAAUGGGCACGCGGGCCAAUGCUUUUGGCACGGCCCGCCGUGCCUUGUAAAUGCAAAGGCAUCAACAAACAGUCUAUAACUUUUAAAAUUCAUUUGAUGCAGAAAUUCAGUUACCAUGAAUUACUUAAUGUGACAAUUUUGUCUCUAUGUUUUGCUAGCUAUUGUAUGGUUACUCUGUUGACCUGGUGCCUGUUGGUGCAAACUGUUUGAUGAGGGUUGCACUAUUUUAUUUUUAGAAUGAUGUGAUUGCAAUUGCUCAGUCUCGCAAGGUUGGCAACCAUUUUCAGAUAGCCGUACACUGAAGGAGCAAAAACCUUUGUAGGCAAUAUUUGCCCAACAAUUUCCUAAACGAGUUAGGAAAGACUUGACAUUUGGAGAAUUAAAAAUCCUUCUUUAAAAAGUUUCCCGUGGAGCCAAAACUCGCCAAUGAUUUUAUGCCGCUUAAACUACUGCGGCUGAUUUCAAAUAACCUUGAAGACUCGGUUUCCGUAACGAAUAUUAUUCCAGCCAUUAAAACCGACCAUGCAGCCAUUUCCUUGGAUUUUAAUAUUAGUCAAAACUACAUUAAAGGUCCGGGUUACUGGACAGUGAACUGUUCUCUUCUAGAUGAUGAUAACUACCAAAGGGAAGUUACGGCUAAAAUGCUUGUCUGGAUGGCCGAGAGCAGAUAUUACCUGCCGGAUCACAGAUGUAUUUGGGAUUGGAUUAAGUAUAAUCUUAGAGCACAUGUAGUACAGAUUUCAAAACGCAAAGCAAAGAAAAAAAAAGAUAAGGAGAACAUAUUACAAGAUGAUUUUAACAAUGCAAAGCAAACGUUCGAAUGUGAUCCUACCAAUAAAAAUGCAAGCGAUUUUAAUACGGCGAAAGAAAAAAUGGAACAUUUUUAUGAAGAAAAACUCCAAGGUAUUAUCAUUCGCGCUCGGGAGCGAUGGUGUGAACACGGUGAAAAGAGUACAAAAUAUUUUCUCAAUCUGGAGAAAAGGAACCACGUCAAAAAAACAUGUGCGAAAAUUGAAGAUUAAUGGCACGAUCGCUACUGAUCCGUUCAAAUUUCUUUCUGAGGAAAAACGUUUCUAUCAAGAACUAUAUACGAGUAAGAAUUUGGGUAACAAGCAAGCAACAGAAAUUUUUUUGAAUAGUUUAAACAUCCCUCGCCUCAGAUGAACAAAAGCUUUCGUGUGAGGGCAGCAUUACGGAGGAGGAGUGUGUUAAAGCUUUACACAGUUUGCAGGGCAAUAAAGCUCCUGGUAAUGACGGAUUUCUAAUCGAAUUUUGCAGUAAAUGUUGGGAAAUUAUUAGCGAACCUUUCGUCAACUGUGUCAAAGAGAUUUUCACUAGUGGUGAAAUGUCACGCUCCCAGAAACAGGCAGUGAUCACUCUCAUUGAAGAGAAAGGAAAGGCCGUUCUCUUUUAGAAAACUGGAGACCGAUUUCACUUGUCAACGUUGAUGCCAAAGUCUUAGCUACCAGGAUAAAAAACGUCCUACCAAGCAUAAUUCAUAGUCACAACCAAAGUUGUUUCGUGAAGGACCGCUUUAGGGGUGAAACUGUUCGAUCGAUCUUUGAUUUAAUGAAAUUCUCUCUAAAAGAAAAUAUUCCAAGUUUAAUGAUUUUUAUAGAUUUCCACAAAGCAUUUGACAGCUUAGAAUGGAACUUUCUUUUCAGCUGUUUAGAAGCCUGUGGCUUUGGCCCAUAAUUCAUUUGGUGGGUAAGGACUCUGAACCACAAUAUAUAAAGUUGUGUUAUCAACAAUGGUCUCGCAACUGACUCUUUCCUCUGGAAAGGGGCGUGAGGCAAGGUGAUCCGCUUUCUCCAUAUUUGUCCGUGGUUGCAGUUGAAACUCUUGCUUUGGCAAUUGGUCAAAACUGAGAGAUAAUUGGUAUUAAAAUCGGUGGCGAAGAAACAAAACUCCUUCAAUAUGCUGAUAACACAACGACCGCUCUGUCUGACAUUAGGGACUUUAAGAUCCAACGACGCGGACGACAACAAGAACGUCAAAAAAACAAUACGUUUAAUUAGCAAAACAACAACUUCGCACGUGCAUCACACUCUUUUGUACAUUUCUUUCCCUUUUUUGCACGACUACGACGUGAAAAUGCCUAAUUUCACGUUUUAUGGAGGACGUAAACAAGCAACGACGAAAUGUUAUUUCUUUUUCUGAGCUUAAAUAUCCUCCCUUGAAAUUCAGCUUCAGGAGGGUUCCCCUACAUUUGACAAAGUAAGCUGGUAGGAAUAAUCGCUAUAAAGACUGAAAGAACGCAAAUCGACUUCUUAAACGACGUUCCUGUCGCCGUCGCGUCGUUGGAUCUUAAAGUCCCUAUUGAAUCGGCACAGGCCCUUUUUAACCUUCUCGAAGUAUUCAAGAACUUAUCAGGACUUGUAAUUAACUCAUCUAAAACUGAAGGAAUGUGGAUCGGGUCGUCUAGAGAUAAAACUUCAAAACCCUUUGGCAUAAAAUGGCCUGAUGAACCAGUCAAAGCCCUCGGUGUUUAUUUCUCAUACGAUAUCUGAUUUUGCACGAAAAAAUUUUAUUGAGAGAUUGGACAGUGUCAAAAAACUUAUAAACAUUUGACGUAACAUUUGGUCUUCAAGAGGUCUUUCUAUCUAUGGAAAAGUAACAAUUAUCAACUCCUUAAUCAUAGCAAAAUUUAUUUACAUUUCCUCGCGUCUGCCGGUCCCCAAGGAAAUUGUUAAAGAGUUAAAUCAAAUGAUAUUUAAAUUUUGGGGGAAAGGAACCGAUAAAGUGACAAGACUUUCCACAAUUAAGGUGGCUCCGUGAUUAACACAAUAGCAUUUAGCUGUGACAAAUUUUCCGUCAUAACUUUUUCGAUUUUAACGCGAUGGCUGCGAAACUUUGCAAUUAACAACAGAUAUCAUUCGGCAAUAAUACGAAAUAUUCCGAUUUCAUUGAUGGCAAAUAUUUUUUGAGAAAUUAGCGCUUAAAAGGACCCUACUGUUCAAAGAAAAUCGCGUCUAGUAAAAAAAUUUGCUGAUAUUUUUCACUGAAAUUUCUGGUAUCGGCUUUAAUUGAUAUAAUAAAUAUGCCAGAGGAAUUUCAGAAAAAUCGUUGGAGCAGAAGUCCAUAACUAAAAGUCGGUCAAAAUUCAGCAGUGAAAUUGUUUUGGAAUUUCAAAAAUAAAUUACUAUCAGGUAGAAGGAGCCACCAGUUUGAAUUUUCGGGACAAGUAAAUUCAACGCUUGCUAAUUCUUAAAACAAAAGCCGAUUGCCUAUCGUGCUAUUCUUUAAAAGGUACUUUUCAGUUUUUAGAAGCACUAUAAAUUGCUCCAAACUUUGCUCUGACAUCGAAUGACUUGUUCCUCGACAUUUUUAAAAUAUCCCUUGGCAGUUUUGGUUCAAACUCCUGCUACAUGCAUUUUGAUGUAUUGCAAAGCAUCCCCAACGGCUUUUCCUGCUUUACGUUGUUUCCAAUUCAGGAAAAAGGUAUUGGGAUUGUAAGCUACCUAGUAUCGAAGCUCAGAUAGAACUGUCCAGUACCUUUGUUUAUGACCAGAAAAUGAGCACGAGCGGCAGCUCUGCGAGGAAUUCGCACCUCAGCCAGGGGGGACGAGUGACAAUGAUGCCCAUGUCUGUGAACCGAUCUGUAUAAACAUGUAUUGCAGAGCAAAACAUAAUAAUCAAGAAAAAAAAUACCCAUUCAUUGAAGGAAGGAGUGACAAAAAUUUCAGAGUUGUAAAUUUAUUCACGGGCAAUAUUUUUGCGAUAAUUUUAUUUUGCACUGUGAUGUUAUUUGGUUCACAAGCAUGGUCAUCAUUGUCGUUCGUCCCCCCUGAGUGAGGUGCGAAUUCCACGCAGAACUGCCGCUCGUGCUCAUUUUGUAGUCAUAAACAAAGGUGCUGGACAGUUCUUUCUGAGCUCUGAUACGAGGUAGCGUCCAAUCUCAAUACUUUUUUCCUGAGUUGGAAGCAACGAACGGCAAUAAAAGUCGUUGAAAAUGCACGGCAAUACAUCAAAAUGUAUGCAGCAGGAGUUUUAGCCAAAACUGCCAAGGGAUAUUUUAAAACUGUCGACGAACAAGUCAUUCUACUUCAGAGCAAGGUUUGGAGCAAUUUAUAGUUCUUCUAAAACUAAAAAGUACCUUUCAAAGAAUGGCACGAUAGGCAAUCGGCUUUUGUUUUAAGAAUUAGCAAGCGUUGAAUUUACUUGUCCCGAAAAUUCAAACUGGUGGCUCCUUCUACCUGAUAGUAAUUUAUUUUUGAAAUUCCAAAACAAUUUCACUGCUGAAUUUUGACCGACUUUUAGUUACGGACUUCUGCUCCAACGAUUUUUCUGAAAUUCCUCUGGCAUAUUUAUUAUAUCAAUUAAAGCCGAUACCAGAAAUUUCAGUAAAAAAUAUCAGCAAAAUUUUUUACUAGACGCGAUUUUCUUUGAACAGUAGGGUCCUUUUAAGCACUAAUUUCUCAAGAAAUAUUUACCAUCAGUGAAAUCGGAAUAUUUUGUGUUAUUGCCGAAUGAUAUCUGUUGUUCUUUGCCAAGUUUCGCAGCCAUCGCGUUAAAAACCAAAAAGUUAUGACGGAAAAUUUGUCACAGUUAAAUGCUCUUGUAUUAAUUACGGAGCCACCUUAACAAAUAUGAAAACGGUGGUUUAAAAAUGAUCGAUCUGGAAAGUAUGAUUUAAUCUUUAUGACCAGCCUGGCUGAAAAGGAUUUUCCAGUGCAACAAUGGUGCUUGAAGAAGCUUUUUACGGUUUUCGUUGGAACCUUUUGAGGGCCUCUUUUUAUUUCAUUGUGAUUAUGACAUUAAAGGGAUACAUAUUUCCUCUAAAUUCUAUCCCGAGUUACUUCACAGGUGGUCUGAGGUUCGUAGUGUUUUCGAUAGUAGAAGGGAAUGUCAAUAUAUUUUGUGGAAUAACAAGGAGAUACGCGUUGAUAAUAAGCCUGUUUUCUAUAAAAAAAAAAAAACUUGUUGAACAAGAUAUCAUUUUCGUAAAAGAUCUUUUGUUUGAAUUAGACACCACAAAUUCUUUUACUAUUGUUUCGAAUAAAAUUAGCAAGAUUAGCUACCUAAUUUGGGCAGGGCUUCGUCAUUCUGCUCCCACAGAUUUAAAGGAAAGCAAUUGUCUUCGCUCACAAUAAGCUUAAUAUUGACAAUCGAUAACAAAGAAUUUGAUAUAUUAAAAAAGAAAUCUAAAGAUUACCACAUGCUAAUUAAAAAAAUAAUUGCGUUGUAUCCAAAAAAUUCCAAACACUUGUGUCAAGAUUUUAAUCUAACUCAAGACCAGCUCAAAAAAGUAUCCCUUCUUCCUCAUGAGGUAGCUUUUGAACCUUAUCUAAAAGGUUUUCAAUACAAAGUCCUUAAUUCAACUUUAUUUACCAAUAAAGAGUUAUGCAAAAUAGGUUAUAUCCAAGAUGAUAAAUGUUCACUAUGCAUAACGGAUUCGGAAUCCCUUUAUCACAUCUUUUUCGAAUGCAGACACACCAGGCACUUUUAGAAGGAAUUUCAAUAUUACCUUUGUACAUUGACAAGAGAAUUCGUCUGUCUGACCUUACAAGACGUUGUGCAGGAAUAUUAUAUACAAAUUGCCCUUUACUGAAUUAUUUGAUACUGAUCGCUAAACUAUACUUAUAGGGUUGUAGAAGAAAUCAGACUCCUCCAGUCAUAACUGCCUUUUCAACCAAGGUUUUAAAAGUAUGAAGCAUAAAAGUACAUAUGUGUUAAAACUAAGAAAAUGAACAAAUUUAAUAGCAAGUGGGCUCUGCCUUUGGACUCUGUACCUUAGUGACGUAUGUACUUAGAACGUACUUUUCAUUUUUUGUAUAGUUACUUUAGCGUUAAAGUUCAUAGUCUAAUUAACAAUUAUUCCACGAGGGCGUGUUGGAUAUGAGAUGAUAGAUAGCCAACGAGGCGCGUAGCGCCGAGUUGGCUAUAAUCAUUUCAUAUCCAACAAGCCCGAGUGGAAUAAUUGUUUUAUUAAAAACGCCCACAAAACCUCGUUGAAUCGCCCCGACUAGAACAAACCGGAAAAGACAAGGGACUUCCGCUAUUCACAUGUCACACGUCUAUCAAAACUGUCAACGCGCGAACGGACUCGCCUAGACUGCAUGAAUGAAAAAUCAAAACAUUGUAGCGAUGAACAUUUGUUUUUUAAAAACUCAUCGGGAUUCUAGGAUUUUACACAGCAGAAAUGCUAAAAGAACCUGGCAGAUAAUGAGAAGGAAAGGAAUUUUUAAGUGACAGCCGUCGAAAUUACUAUGAAUUUGGAUUUUCGGUGCAGUUAUAAAGUAAGAACAACGUAGAAAAACUACCGGUAUUACCUCGGUCGCUUGUUAUGAAGUUGUUUGAAGCCACAAGCUGGUUUUGCUGAACGCGAAAAGAAGCUAUACUGCCGCCUCGAUUGCUCUAGUGAAUGGCUGCAUAGCCUGUAUUUGUACCUGGUUACUUGUGAUUUAUAUUCUUGAUGUCGGAUAAACAAGCUGCAGUUAUCUAUCGGCGAGUGACUCGAUCGGCGAAUGGCUUCGCGAUCAUGAAGAAACAACACUUGUCUUCUUUCGUAGCUGGUCAAGGUACUUUAGUUCCAUGUGUUUUCAUGUGUUUUUCGACAAACCUUCAAACAAGCUCUUGUGGCUUUUUUGUUUGUUUUUGUCUUUUUUCUUUCGAUGAAAUUGCAUUUCUAGUAUUCUAAGAAAUGAAUUAAAACGAUUUGCUUCGGGCGCCGUUCUAUCCUUCGCGAAAAAAGAUCUCAGCUAGCUUCCAAUUUUAAACUGACGCGUACACCGACCAUAUAUGGAGAACAUGGUAUAUUAGCUCAUAUACCAUAACGGCUAAGCCAAUCAAAAUGCUAGAAUUGCAUUAUCCAAUGAUUCAGUUUUUAAUAAUAUGUAUUUGUAAUGUAUUGUAAUGUAAUAUAAUGCAAUGCCAUGUAACGUUAGUAUUGUAACACUGUGGAGUAUUUAAUAAAAGUUUGAAAAAAAAAAGAGUUAUCGACGCUUACUUUUCUGAACUUCGAGGAUAAAUAUUACCGAGUGUCGAAUUGUCGUAUUCAUCCAUUGAAUUUAAAUUGAAAGUAAACUCUGUUUUUCUUCGUGUUAAUAUAUAGAUUUAGCCAGGGCUAAAAGCGACGUUUCCAUUAAUAAAUUUGUAAUUUAAAUCAAACAAUAAACUUGUAUUCUACAAAUCAGUUCACUUUAGAGCACAUCCAUGUGACUUUCAAAGGAUUAAGGCUGAGUGAUUUGAGAGAAAAAUAAUCUGCUAACAGUCCAGAAGUGCACCAAAUCUUACAUCGAGUUGAUGGUCUUUAUAUCUAAAAAAAUAGCAAUCGUCUUCGAUCACAUUUAACGGCCAUAAUGGGUCUCGAUCACAGUAGAUUAGGCCUGGAAAACAAAUUCUUGGAAAGCAAAUCAGACAGAAUUGUUUUCCGUUUGACAAGUUAAAUUUGCUUUACAAAAUCUUGCUAACAAAUCUGGGGGCGUGUAAGCCAACCUUUUAUACUUUUUAUACAUCACAACUGAGGUGAAACAGUACUAUGAGGAGCUGUUUUUAUCUUACAGACCUCGGACAGAAUGCAGUAUUUCACAAUUUUGAAAUAUAAAUUGCACUCAUUCAAUAUUCAGAAUGAUCGAAGCACGCGUGGGCUUUUAGCGAAACCGCUAAAAAAGAUUUCUUAAAUCACCUAUAUAACGGCCAGCCGGUUGCAAGCUGUGGAGUGUUUGAAUGAACAUUAAUAGAGUUACACUUUUUUAAAUAUAAUUGAGUGAAACAUUUACAGAGACAACAAUUUUCAUUCACGAAGACAAGUAUUAAAGUGUCUCUAUGAAUCCUGAGUCUUUAUGCUUAAAGCUUAAGUUUUUUUGUUUUAAGCCGGCUUCCCCGUGUUUGCUGUUUUCAAAGAUGAACUCGAGGCGAGAAAAUUGCUCAAAGCUUUCUUUCUACAGCCAAAAUAAUAACGCAACGUUUUUUCCUUUCUAUUUGCGGUGAGAAAAUAUCGACUAAAGGCUUUUUAAAGUUCUGCAAGCUUAAAUCAAACCUCAUACUAUAGGUCAGAUCAUUAUCUCAAAACUUAAUUCAAACGUGCAUAAACUCGCCUCAUAAACUGCGCUCGGCUUCAUGAAAUUGGAUAUAUUAAAAAAAAACAAACACAAAUACAAUAAUUACUUGUACUUAGGCUUACCAUUCGAGAUGCAGCUCCUGGAAGCUAUCAAGCAUGGCCAGAAUCGCUUCAGACUUUUCAAUCAAGCAAGGUGAAAAACGAAAACGAACCGAUGCUAUCCGAAAUCGGAUUUCCGACUUUGACAAGCGACGUAUUUCUGAACCUAAAACCCAAUAAACCAACUAGCCAUGAAUAACAGAAGACUCUUGAUAGUCGUUCAUUUCGUACAUCCAGUAGAAAAAGACAGUUGAAAACAUCACAAGUUGACACAAAACUCUGUCAGCUUCAGCUGUCACAGUAAAUAAGUUUCAAGAAGCUGCAUAAAUUUUCCGCAUGAACUCACCGUCAAAUUUUAACCAAUCAGAGCAUAAAAAUUGGACGUAGAGCGUGACCGACGCGUGACCAUUGUGAGAACAGUCAAAAGCAACUGUCUUCUUUGCCUGUAAUAGCCUAGCUGACUGAAUUUUCGCGUCCGAGAUCAGUUUGAAAUCAACAUUUUAAUCUGUGUGGCACUUAAACACAACAUAUUUUAUACGAAUUGAAAAAAUUAAACUUGAGCCUGCGACCAUUUGAAAACUAGUAACUUGCCAGCGGAUAACUUCAAAAAAUACUCGACCUCGAUGGGCCGACACCUGAGACCGCGAUACGGUUAGGUGAUACUGGGCAGCAGAUACCCUGUUUUGACAGCUGUCAAUUUAUCACAACAUCGAUGUGCAAUAUGUGUGCAAGAUCAGUUUUUCUAUGCUCCCAAAUGGUGUUGGGUAGAUUUACUUACCCAUGGUGCUCCGCUGGCACGCUUCGCGCGCGGAGCUCCGCUAUUAAACGAGCAAAUAAACAGUGAGAGACAAAGGAUGAGUCAAUGAGUAACAUCACUAUAUAAACAGCAGAAACGUGUGAGGUACAACCCUGAAGUGGCACAAUCAGGUUUUCUUUUUCUCUUUUUUAGUGCGGCCUGAUGUUUACAAUGAUUUGAUCUGCGCCGAUUCGUCAUGAUUACCAAAAUGUCCCUGAAAUGUUUACAGGUAUUAUAAGGAACGACCUACCUCACGAAUUACGGUUCCUGAAGCGAACGAUAUGUUCUAAAAAUUAGUCGCCACUUCCGAGAAAGCCGCAAGGAGGAGUGAUUGACAGCUCUCCAAAGUAGAUCUCAAAGCUCAGCCAAAAGGUGAGACAACGUGUCUCUCACUUGUUCGAGUUUGUCUAGCCCUCAAAAACUCGCUCGAACCAUGUGACCCAAAACGCAUGGGCCGCGCGCAAUAUUGAGGCCUAGAGACUUGGCAACUUUAAGCAAAAUUGCUUUGUCGAUGGCGUGUUCACGAAGUACAUCAGUUUUGAUGGCCCCAUUACACAUGACAGAACUUAAAUUAUGGUUCUGGUUAAAAUAUAUUGUUUUCGACUGAGUCACUUGUCUUAAAAUAAGCUUAAUGCAGAACGUAGGUUUCCGACAAACAACACGCUUUUUACAAUAACUUUGAUUUCAUUAAGAGGUCUUACAGGAACAACCUUUUAUAGCCUCGGAAUAUACAGAAUAUCACCCACUUAGAAACAUUUCAGACCCGGGGUGAGACACGAAUUCAUUUGUUAGGUCCAGUUGCAGGUCAAUUUCCAUUUCUUACUUAGGUACUUCACUGAAAAUUUUCACUUAUAACUAAUGAAGUAUUUUGUUGUGUUCUUCACUAAACAAGGCCUAUCAGAACUGGGUAGCAAAGAACGGCGAGGAAUCCAGACUUCCAGGAAUGAAUCUGACCAAUGAACAGAUCUUUUUUAUCAGCUUCGCAAGAGUUAGUAAAUCAAUAUUAUCAUGUAUUUAAAAUGUGCUGUGUUUUGAUUUUGUGAUUGGGCCUUGUUUGUUUGUCUGUUCUACUGGUUUUUUUUAUUUUUGAUUGAUUGAUUGAUUGAUUGAUUGAUUGAUUGAUUAAUUGAGGCAAAAACUAAUAGUAGUCUCCUUAUAAUCUUGAUUAUGUAAUCUACCAAGUUUCACUGAGCAGAUAAUGUCCCCUAAAACUUUCACUUCUUCACAUAAGGACGUGGAGAGGGUGCCGACAUAGGCGUACGGGCCGGGGGGGCGAGGGGGGCUGCAGCCCCCCCAAAUUUUGGGCAACUCAGAUUUUUGGGGCAGCGAGAGAAAAUUUGGGCAAAGCCAGUUUUUAAAGACGUUUCCAUGUUUAUUUAAUUAUUUUAAAGACCUGAAUAUUAACCUGAAGUCGGCGUAAUAAUCCAGUUACAUUACAGUAAUUGCCUAGCAUGUCAUGAGUAAUUUACAUAUUUGCAGUUGUUUUUGUUGGGCACUAUACUGCACUGCACUAGCUGGAAUGGGCUAUUUCCAGUCGUGAAUUGAUUAAAAUAAACUUUCGAAUAACUUUCUAGAAUCAUCUCUACUGGAAGAACAGAGUAUGGCAGAUAGCAUUUAGUAAUGGGUAUGAAAAUGAAGAAGUGGCUGACUAAUUCUCAGUUUGAAUUACGAGAAGAAUUUUAAUUCUUUUAAAAAGUCUAUCGAGCGGUUUAAAAUUAUUCGCUAAUUUGUUAAUUAAAGUACACCGAAAUGUUUACAAAACCGCUAACAAGAGUGUCUCGAUACAUACUAAUCAAAUCCUUCUUUCGAUUCUAGCAAUCAAGCAGAGCUAUCUCCACGAUCUUUCACACAUGUUUUUAAAAAGAUAUAAACUACUAUGAGGUGAAAUUGCAGGUCAAAAGCGCUUCGUUUUCUACAGAUAACGGCCAAAAAUCAAGAUUUUCCUGUUCUUACCGUAUUUCUAAUAGUAAAAACUUCAUUACAAAAUAUCUCGAUAAGGUUUUGCUUAAACUUCACGAACAUCGAGGCGACAGUAUUGGAGAAAAAAGCUCCUGUGAACGAUUUUGUAAGGUUCCCGUGCCGGGAAUCAUUGCUGAAGUAAAAUAGGUAAUGGGCCGGGGGAGUCAUUUCGUUGCUAUGACAACUCCGAUGUCAUUGCAACUCUGAUGAUGAAAAAUUUUCAUCUUAAUACAACUGUGGUCGCAAUUUUUCAAAAUGUUUGUUUAUGGCGACGUAGUUUAUGCUCAGACUUGGUAUUGACCCUGAAAAACCGUAUCGAGCCACCUUCAUAUGCGAGGACGGCCUAUGUUGUUGCAAUAUGGCCCUCAUUUCUUUUCGACUCUUUCGGAAAAAUUUGGGCAACUUGCGAGAUUUUUUUGGGCAAAUGGUUUACCGCCCCCCCUGGCAAAAAAUUUCCCGUACGCCUAUGGGUGCCGAUUAUGCACACAGCUUGUGUUGACACCCUGUUAGUAAGGGGCUUAAUAUUUUAAUAGUAUAAUUACUUGAGAACAUACCAAUUUCUUAAAUUAAUUAAUUUUUUCUAUUUUAUUAAAGAAUUGGUGUUCAGUAUUUUCAGCCCAAGGUGAACAGAUUGCAAUGAUGAGUGAGCAUAGUCCUGCGCCAUGGAGGUAAAAUCUUGUUAACUUACAAUAAUUAUAGCAAUUCCACCAAAUUAGUUGUACUGUUACAUGUACUGUUAAUUAAAAGAUUCAACCAACUUAGCAAAACAAAAGCAUUAUACUGUAUUGAUAACAGUACCUGUCAAUUUUGCGUGGAAAUUAGACUGCAUUUCUUCCCACUUUCUGUAACAGAAAAUAGUAGUUCACUCGGCGAAAAUAUAACAGGUGAUUUCAUUGUAGCUCGUCUAUCUCUUGAUUGUUUUCAACCCCAAGACUCUUCGUUACGAUGUCUGAAAUGAUUCUCGAUUGUGUAACAACGGCGUUGUAGCUUCUUUGUCGCUUAAAUGGUAGAUUUUUCGCUUUCUUUUUAAUAAAAAGUACAAGAAACACCUUCCCUGGAACUUGCUGAAUGCUUAUCCAGGAUUAUUAUUCAUUCAAAAUAUUUCUCUGAUUCUGAUUGGCUAAAAACACAAGCAUAAUUCACCAAAACCAGCUACUGAUGACCAAAUUUGGAAGAAUUUUGCAUUCUAUGAACUGAUGACGUCAAAAGUGCAGCCUUCUUGCAGGUUAAUGCACUGUUAACCGAGAAGACUUGCGGAUAUUUCACUCGUUUCAAGAGUAAGAACUGGGCGAAAUUAUAGCUAAAAACAUGGCAAGAACAGCAAGAACACAACUCGAAGGGCGACAUCUGCUAUCUGCAGAGCCGCGGCUGAACAACUCUAAACGUGCACUAUCGAAGAUGAACUUAACAUCGAUGGAGGUAAGCAUGUUUUAGCUUUGCUUUUAAACUACGAAUUAUUUUGAAUGAAUAAUAAAACAAUUAUUGAAUUCGGCUUUCGUAUCAUAUGAAGAAUUAUGGAGACCUCGGAGGGUGUUAUCCGCCUCGGCCGGAUAACACCCUCCUCGAUCUCCAUAAUUCUUCAUACGAUACUCGGCCUCAUUCAUUAAGUGUUAAAUAUAUAUCAGGGGCACCCAACGGCAAUUUUCGGGAAAAUAUCUGUUCGGAAGACGAUUUGAGAACUAGAAUUUUCGGAACAUUUGUUGUAAAAUUUCUUGCUUGCCUGCCUCUCCUAGGAUUUUCGAACAUCUACAAAAUGGUAUAAUUACCCAUUUUAAACGGAUAUUUACCCUAAAAAAGACCACCUAGAAUUUUCGGGAGCCUUUUCCUGGCUGAAAUUUUCGAAAAGGUAAGUUUUGAUUCCUAUAAUUUUCGGAUCACUAGACUUUCAGCUAGGAAAUCUGAACAGAUGAAAAGUUUUUAGGGGAUAAAAAUAUGCCUAUAUCUACCGUUUAAAUACUAAAAUACGUUCAACAAUGCGUUGGUUUUGAACUAUAUCCUCGUUUGGUGCCCCUGUCUGGUUAAAACCAGUUUUGUUACUGAAUUUCAAAGUUCGAGAAAUCAAAUGUAAGUUUAUGAAAGGACAGAGUAUUAGUUUGAAAUAUCGGGUUACGGUGUCCGACCGAAAAAAAACUAAGGGAAACUUCUUUUGGUUCGAAAAACUGGGAGUUUCGAGUGUUUGAAAUGAAACAUUGAAUAGCGAUCUGCUUUCAAAUUUAAAUUCUUGUUCAAUUCAUUUUAAUGAAUACAUCCUUGCUCAGCUAGUUAGGAAAAGCUAUCAAAAAUUGAUUUGGCAAUUGCUUAUUAUUUCAUCAACCCAGUUGAUUUAUAUUGGGGUUUCCGGAAGCGUAAAUGGGACAUGCUCCUUUUUAUUUGUCACAACUUUAAUCUAUAAAUUAAGAAUUUAAAUUUCAAAUCUUGUCCUCUUCUAAGACAAAGCUAAAGCUAGUGUACAACGUAACUAACCCAAACAAUUUGUGUUCUCUCAAGGUUUUUACAAGGGCUUUGAACUUGUUUCUGCUUUCCUUCUUUAGAACAAAAGCAUCUCUGAUGAACUUCCCGGAAUUUGCCGCAGCAUUCAAAUGCCGUUUAGGGAGCCCAAUGAAUCCGAUCAAGAAGUGUGCGGUCUGGUAACGAG